AUGAGUGCGAACAAAGCAGACAGUCAGAGCUGCUGUAUCUUGGCCAUGGCCUGUCUGAUGGCCGCCUGGUCCGUCCACAACCCCACUGUCACCAACUCCAUCAUCAUGGUAAGUACAGGGACAGACUUAAAUCAAAGAUCCUCGUCUAUCCUCUUUAAUCGCCUAAUUUCUGGUGUUUCCAUUUCUGAAGUGGCCUGAGUGAGCUGACUGACCGUAAUCAACCUUUUAAUAAAGUUUGCUGUUAAAUUGGACUAACAGCUGUUAGAGACACUAACAGAUGACCAGAAUCAGAUGUUCUCAUUACUAUACCUUUUGUCUUAGACGUUAGAUGUGGUCUGCAGAUUUUCCAGCAUGUACAUUUUAGAGAUCAGACCUUGGUCAGUUUUUGAAUAAACAUAAUGGAAAACUUCGGUUUUAGUUGAAGACACAAAAAUUUCUGUGUAUUAAACACCUGAUGUUUUACAGUGAAGACUUAGGAGAUCUAAACUUUCUGACCUGCAAUUGUCUUUAUUCUUGUUUGUUUGUAUGCUUGUUUGUCUGUUUGUUUGUUUGUUUGUUUGUCUGUUUCUGUUUGUUUGUGGUUUUUCUUGUCUGUCUGUUGUUAACAUGGAUGUGCAGAAACAGUGCUGCUGUAACACUUACAUGCUCCACUCCUGGUGUUUUCAGCUAAAACACCAGGAGUGGAACGGUUUCUUUGGAGUCUUACAUUUGUGUUUAAAGUUUGGGUUAUGGGUUGUAAACCAAGUUUGAGGUUUUAAUGUUUAAUUUUCUGUGAAUUCUGAUGUCGUAGGCUAAAAUGGGAAUGGCUACAUCUUUGGGACAGUAAUACAAACAGUCACACAGCAGCUUACUGAUUAUUGACACCUAGAGAGCGUCUGCACGGAUUACUACAGAGCUUCACUGCCAACAGGAGGACGGUAUCCUGAUUUAAAUCAGCCUGUUUAGAGAGUAAUGAUGGAGUUUUGUGAAAAUACAGGCAGAAUUUUUAGUCUAUGUGAAAGGCAAGUUUCAGAGAGCAGUAAGAUAUCUGUGUUAAAGGGACAGUCUGUGUGUUUUUGGUUGUGUGAGGUUCACUUUGCUGAUUUAUUUCCAGCAUUUACUCAGGUAAUGGCACCUUUUAUCACUUAACUUAUACGUGGGCAGCCAUCAGAAAUUCACUAACUCACUACAAAAUAACUUUUCUGGUCUUGACAUUGAAUCACAUAGAUAUCAAUCAGCUGCAAAUCUUUACCAGAAGAUAACAAUGCGUGAAAACCAUUUCAAAGUGAAUUAGCCAUUCCACUGGGUUGCAUUGUGAAUAGUAUGAGGUGGUAGUGAAUGAGCAAUGCCUGACAGUUACAGAAGUCUUUAGAACAGGCUAUUCUCAAACUCACAUCCUUGAUCGUGAUGCAGCUUUUCUGAAUACCCAAAACAAGGAAUGUGGUCUAGAGAUAUCUUCUUAGCUGUUUUUACUGAUUUAUUUUGUGUUGUGCCUGCACAAAGCCUGUAAAGUGAUGGACAAGGACCAGGAUCUAUCCAUAUCCUUCUUUGCUUGGCACCAGGUGCAAAAAGUCAAUAGAGACCAACUUAAAAGGUGCACUAAUUGUGAUGAAUCCCAUUGGAGCUCUCUGUGGAACACUGCUGAGUUUGAUGCAGGGACAUCUCUUUGUCACAUAGUCCUCUAUGUCUUGCUGUAUGUGUGACCUUUAUAACCUUUCUCAAGAAAGGUGGAUAACCUUUUCAGGACCUACAUGCCCCAUGUCAUCAUUUUAACUUUAAAACACCAUCAUUUUAAGCUGUUCAGGGAGGACCAGUUGUCUGUUUUCAGAUGUUUUCUGGUAUAGCAACCCGUCUUCCACCGCUAAUUUUUGUGAUUCAUGGAAAAGUCCUCUUGUCUGGUUACACAUUGUUUUUUUCUCUUUUUCAUUUGGAGUCCAGUGUCAAGGACAUGAUAGCUUUGAUAGCUGGAUCCUCCUGCUGUGCAGCUUUGAUGCCUUUGGGCAGGAUGCUUGAAACAGUGUUAGAUGGCAUAUAAUCACCAAUAUAUUAGAUUUGGCUCUUGAAGACCUCGCAUUUAGCUGGACAAAGAAGCUUAAUGCCAUGUUGCCGCAUCUGGCAGAGAACUUGUCGGAGAUGGUUCACAUGCUCAUCUAAAGUUUUGGAACAACAUAGAACAUAACCUAAAUAUGGCAGGCAGCACUCAUCUCCAAUGCCCUCUAACAUGCCCUCUGUGCACCCCUGAAAUGUGGCAGGUGCAUUUGUUAGCCUUAAGGGUAUAAUGACCCACUCAUACAGCCCCCAUGGUGUGCUAAAUACUGUUAGGUGUCUUGACUUCUCACUCACAAGUCCUUGAUAGUAAGCAUUUUCUUGGUCCAAGAUAGAGAAUCAUAAAUUGCCAUCUAAGAUGUCCAACAGAUACUGCAUCUGUAGCAUCAGGGAUGGUUUUGUGGUUCAGCUUAGAGAAGUCAACACAGGCAUAAGCAGCUGUCUUUUUUUUUGCGCAUACACACCACUGGUGACGAAUAGGCUGACUCUGACUUACUGACCCAUCCCCAGGUUUGAAUACAUUCCUUUACCUCUCUGUACAGCGAUUGUGGAAUGGAGUUAUAGAUGCUUUGAACAGGGAUGUUGUCCGUGAUGUUGAUUUUUAGCUGUAAACCAGGAAAGCCAAUGUCUUCUUCCUCACAAGCGCACACGUCUGACUACUUAUAAAGCAUCUGUCGUACCGCUUCCUGUUCAUUUUAAACAAAUGAACAUCAUCUGUUGAGCUUACUUGGGUGGUGCACAAAAAAACAUCUUUGUGUGGGUCGGGUGCCUUCUGUGGAUUUGGGAGAAUCCUUACAGGUUUGCUUUCAGAGAUUUCAUCAAAGAACCCUUAAACUGUCUUUAGAGGUAAGAAAAUGUCAUGCUGUGUUAAAUUCUGAAUUGGGAAUUGUACUAUUUUUCAGACACCAGCAGACACAUCAAUGAGCGCAGGGAACAACUCUAGGCUAUCUGGUAAAUUACACUCUACAUCUGGCUCAAACAACAUUGUUCCGCUUGAAGUAUAUGCUCUAAUUUCACCUCACACAUCUGGUUGCUGUUCACAGUUAGCCCUUUCUUUUCAUCUUGGACCACUGAACUUUCAGACUCUUUCUGUGAUGGCAUGGUGUGAAUGACAGAGACAAGAGUUUCAGCAUUGCUUUUCUGAAUUUUCAGGGUCUCUGACUGUAUAUCUGCCAAGCUAAGAUCAUCUGGUUGGUCAACGUUCCCUAUAAUUAUCUCUUAGAUUACAUUAAAGCCUAGUAACGGGCUGCUCAAAGUUCCUUGAUUUAUCAAGAUUACAACAUCAAUAGAAAUUUAGCCUUGUCAAUUGUGAUUGGAUUGGAUUUUAAUGUUUGGCAAGGCUUUCUGCACCCAAGACUUCUUCACUAUACUAACCUGUGUCCCACUGCCCAACUAUUAAAAUAUACUUAGGCUGUGUCUCAUUUCAGAGACUGCAUAAGGCUGAGCGCGCUCAGCUGAGCGCACUGCCAUUCUGUGGACUUGAGAACCCUGAGUGAGAUGGUCCGGUUUUUGUGAAUUGGGAUGGUCUACCCUUCGGAGGACUUCCUGGUUGAGUCGCCAAAUGUCCCCGCGCUCAGGCUCGUGUCAUGACUGACUUGAAGAAAAGCCGCGGAGCGCAGCAGUUAUAUUUUUAAUUGUGCCACCUUGAUCAGACACAAAACAAUAGAUACAUACAAGCACAGAUCAUUUCCACAAAAUUCAUCCAGUGAUUGCAUGUUUUGUAUGAAGGAGGAUUAGGGCCGUAUUGAGAAUUUUUGGUAAAGACUGAGAUUAAAAUUGUAAAUUUACGAGAAUAAAGUCAUUAAUUUACGAGAAUAAAGUUGGAAGGCUACCUGUUAUUUCAAAGGAGAGUUGUUAAAAUUAGGGCCAUGAAGCAUUAAGGCAGGGCUACUCAACUUAAGAUGGCUCAGGGGCCACUCAGCAAAUUACCAAAAGUCUAAAGGGCUGCAAGCUAAAAACUAACGCCCUAUUUUGGACUUUUACGACGAUUUUGUAACACAUACAUGACAUGUCUAAAAACACACCAGGAAACACACAAAAAUAGCCACAUUUCCAUAAGCAUAAGGCAGCCAAGGCCACAUCUCAUUGAACCAAAAGAUUGUCAUGGAUGGAAUGAUGAAAUUAUAAAGUUAUCAAAUGAGGCUUUAUUCACAGAAUGUGAAGUGACCAUGAACAAAUAUAGAAAAUAUUUCAAAACUAGAAAUAGGCUUCUUUCAUACAGUUUGAACAGAUUGUAAGAAUCAGAGUCCAAUAAUUCAAUAUUCAAUUUAUAUCCUGGAUUUCUUCUCUUGGGGGUUUUGGAGAGAUGACUCCAUUUGACUUCAGCCGUAGCUAAGGCAUGGCCUGACAGGCUGUUAUUGAUCCAGAUCUGUAAAUACAGUAAAAGACAAACAAAAAAAGAAUCAUAAAUAAUAUGCUAUCUUUAGUCAUAUUACUGACAGACUGUUAUUUAUCCAGGCCUGUAAAUACAGUACAAGACAAACGAGAAAGAAUCAUGAAUAUAUUUCAGUCAAAUUACAACUUGAACAUUAAAAACGAAUAGUUUCAUAAAUCAGAUAUUCUUAUUGAAUGUGACACUUGAAUCAACAUAUUCCCCACUAUUCGCCCCAGGUCUUGCUGGUAUGUGGAGGUUGCUGUGCAUAGAAACAUAGAGCAUAGAAAAAUCAUUUUUUAUUGGUAUGAUCAUGACAGUCCAUGGGCCGCAGAGACAUGUGGCGGGGGCCGCACGCGGCCCGAGGGCCACGGGUUGAGUAGCCCUGCAUUAAAGGAACCGUGCUUCAGCAUAGGUUUCACAAACAAGGAGAUAUCCUUUUGCACAUCAGCAUUACACUGUCAUAAGUAUUAGGACUUUAAAAAGAAUAUAUAAGAAAUGUGUCUUUUCCACAGGAAAAAAAACAGGUGGACUUGGAGGAAAUCGCUGCUUUUGUGGAGGCAGAAAUGGAUAUGCUUAGGAUAAAUCCGUCAAUUCAGUUGUAAAUAGCUGUGAAUGGCAUUGAGCCUUACUUUAUGAAUGAUAUGAAUCCAUACGCCAUAAUAAGGCGUUGGUGUCUCUGCAGGUGUAGAUUACCACCGGUGUCAGAGACGUGGUUCUGGUCGGAGCUCGACUCCCUCUGGAUCACAAAUGUUGAUCAUCAGUUUGAUUGUUUCUUCAGAAACCACAAAAUCUCUCUGAAUGACCCGCUGAUACAUCCACCGAUAACCCUGAAGUUGACCAGUUCAGCCCUUUUUCCCUCCACCAAAGCAGCUUUAAGACUUUAUUUAUGACUUUAUUCUCCCAAGUUACAACUUUAAUCUCUAAGUCUUUAAAAAAAAUCGAUGUGGCCCUGAUACUCUGCUGUAAUUUGUCAGCUUUCUUAUUUCUAAUGUUUUUGAUUGUUGUAGCAAAGCGGAUCAGUUCGUUUCUAAAUCUAUAAUGUUUGAUUUACAGAUUUAAGUGAGUUCAGAGAUCAUGCGCUCAUGGAGCCUGAGCUGACUGUCUGCUGUUUUUGGAUUUCUUUUAUUUUCUUUGAAGACGUGCUAUGUCUCCAAGCGAGUCUGGCCUCUCACCUGAAAUGCGCAGCUGUGAAGCGGCACGCAAAGAAUUCAGGGAUACCAAGGCCAUGAAAGCAUGCAUAAAUGCAUGCUUGAAAAGUGGCGGGGGCAGUGUGGUUUUGAGACCGCAUUUGAAGCGCGCUCAGAAUUACGAGCCAAAUGGGACACAGUUCGCGCCGUGUGAUGACAUCACGCACACUUCAAAUGCGCCGUUCGACAGUGUGGUCUCUGAAAUGACACACAGCCACAGCCUUAAUCCCGAAUGCUCAGAGGGGCGGUUGUACCACUGCGAGUGGGCGACAAUACUCUGGCGCUGAGACUUGUGUCAGCAGCAAUCUUAAAGGUCAGUUGAUUGGUGAGUGAAGGCAGGUGCACGCAAUCAGCCUCAGUGCUGUGGGGGAAAGAAAGAAGCUUCUGAAACAGGUGACUAGACAGCAAAACCCACACAGCGAAAAGACUCCAACAAUAAAAAGAAUGAAACACCAGUCCAUGCUCACCAUAGUACCCCCUCCUCAACAGAUGCCCCCUGGUGUCCUAUCAGGCUUGUCCAGGUGAGAAGCAUAACAGUCUCUCAGUAAGGAAGCAUCCAUAAUGAGCUUUCUGGAGAUCCAAGAGCAUUCCACUGGAUCGUACCCCUCCUAGUCGGCUAAGUAUUGGAAACCCUUGCCCCGGGGCCAAACAUCCAGAAUCCAUGAGACAGUGAAGCCAGGGUGAUCGUCAAUGAUCCGUGGUUGCAGGAGGAGACCAGCUUCAGGAGGGAUCGUGAAAAGUAGGAUGGAUCUUGAGGGACUCUGGCAACCUGAGUUUAAGAGGGAUUGAUAAUUUUGAGGAUAGGAAAAGGACAAAUAAAGCAGGGUGUCAGCUUUUAUUACUCAUUACUCUUUCUGAAGAGGAAGGUCACGUGACUAGAGCCAGACCAUGCGUCGGGAUGGUACUCUGGGGUUUUCACAUCUGUGAAGGCUCCAUUAAUGCUGAACAAUAUCUACAGGUUUAGGAGCAACAUCUGCUGCCAUCCAGACAAAGACUUUUUCAGGGAAGACCUUCAUAUUUCAGCAAGACAAUGACAAACCACAUUGUCCAGCCGCUCGUUGAUCCCCGCGAUCCCCCUGAUGAUUUCUUCCUGCGAUUGCAGGACCCCCUCCGCGAGGACCCUUCCACUGCGUCCGGGUGGUCCAGCGGAAGCGCCGCGGCUGGUGGACGCUCCACCGCUUGUCGGCGCGCUGGUGCUGAUGCUGGUGCUGGUGCUGGGGCCGGGGGCCGGGGUGGCCCGAAUGCCGCUGGUCCUGGCCGACGACUCCGAGCCGGCGGACGGGCUGCCGCGGGCCGGGGUUCCGCAAGCCGGCGACACGGCCGCCACAUUGAUUUCUGUGACACAAUAAAAAUAUUGGUUCAUUUCAAUUCCUGCUUCUGUGUAUCUUUUGCGUUUACAUCUCUCUCCACGGUAUCAUAGGUAAUGUAAUCCAGUAUUUAGAGGUCAGUUAUGCACAUUACAGUUGUUUAUUGCAUAAAAAGUUAUCGAAAAAUGAAGUUAAGGGCGAAGUAUAAAUCACGUCUAAAAAUAGACUGAAUCCCGACGUUGAAAUGAAGUAUAAACUUAGACUAGACGUCUAAUAUACGUCUUUAGCUCAGUGGGAUGACAAAGCAUGUGGACAUUUGUGUGACACGCCACUUACCCUAUAAUAAUAAUCGCCACCACCCGCUGCUCAAACGGUGUGAGGGUCUCCUCCCCCGGACCCCCACCUGUCUGGCCAGUACACCUCCGGAGGGCAGCUGUACGCCGCUUGACCUCCACCUUGAGGUCCGACCACUUUUUUUUAAUCGUCGCGGGGGUGCGUGUCUCGGAACCCACCGCAUUCACCCUCUCGCAAACUUUCUCCCACUCCAAGCGUUUUUGUUUUGCACUGACGCCACUGGACAGGCUGCCAAACAAAACACACUGUCGCUCCUCCACCUCCGCCACCAGCACCUCCACCUCGCACGCCGGGAGACCCUAUUUAAAUAAAUCUGCAUAUUUAUAGGAGGGCGUAACGGGGACGAGCCCAGUCACUCCGACAUCUGCGCUCAAUUCCACGCUGAUUGGGAUUUAUCAAGGAAACACACGUGGAUUUCGGCGCCCGCACACAUUGAUACACACGGAUUUUUUUCAGCGUGAUGGGCCUUGCGUGCGCUCGUUUCUGGUAUGAGUUCCACGCAAGUGUUGAUACAUGAGGCCCCUGGUCUGCUGGGUUGAUGAUGGUGGAUGAUGAAGAUGAAGAUGGUUGGGGUUAAGGUAAUGGUGUUUCUGUACUGAAUCACAGCAGCAGUCUGCAGUCUGUUUGUCCACCUUAAAUCCUUGGUGACUAAGCUCUUCUCACUGACAGUCGCCACCUCCUCCUCCUCUGUGUGGAGGCAGAUUAGUUUCCAUAUGGAGCAGCAGAACGCUCACACGCUGUCCCAUAUAUCAACACUUGGGCUCUAGUGUAUUGUUGUCAGGUGCAAAUCUGAUGUCAGUGUCUAAAAGGUUUCAACUAUUUGUCAUGACCCUGUAGAUUUCUUUAUCCUGCAGCAGGUAAACAUGUGGUAAAGUAUGCAAUAAAAUCCUUAAUUCAUCACAAUUUGUCCACAAUAAGUUCUUGUUCCCGUACUUGACAAAAUUUUAGCUUUAACGGACACAGGAGAUCCUGGGUUACAGCUGCAAGCUGUCAGUCUCACAAUAAUACUGGCAAACUCAGGUCAGUAUUUAAUCAGCCCAGUCUGGUGGCUUUUAAGAGGCCAAUGUUUGAGAUUAUUUGUAUUUUUUAGACGUUAGGAACACAAAGUAAUUCACAAACUGAUGCAGGUACAUGUUUUUUUUUAGUUUGAUGUGGAGUCCUGGAUCAGGGUGGAGAUGGCUCUCUGUGCUCACCUGCAGCUGUUGUCAUUCCAUGACAGGGAUGUUAUUUUUCUGUCUAGUGCUUAGUUGUCGAAACAUUGUCCUGGCUUAGGCUGUUCACUCAUGUCCAGGGGCCUCAUUUAUAAAGCUUGCUUACGCACAAAACCUGGCUAGAAAUUGCGUACGCCACUUCUUACACAAGAGUUGGGAUUUAUAAAAGAAAAACUAGUGUAGGAAUGUGCGCAACUUUAAGCAAACUCCACACCUUGCUUACGCACUUUUUGGAGACAAUCGGAGCAAGGUGAGAAUAGUCUGGGUGAUGCGUUCAGCACAACGGAUGACUCGAUGCAGCCUUUCUGUCCUGAGAGCUGCAGCUGCCGUACCAGGCAGUGAUGCUCGCAGAAAGCACAGACCCCACUGUGGCGGUGUAGAUAGUUUGCCAAUUUGAAUUUACAAAUGUGCAAAAAAACAAAUUCCAUUUACAUGCAUUUGUUUUAAGAUUAAUAUGACUAAAUCUUUUUGGUUUACGAACUUUCACCACAUAAGCAGCGGUGGAUAACGGAGCGUUUUUUUUUUUUUUUUGAACACAUGCACGAGUGUCACACGUGCAUGUUUUUUUUUAUUCUCACCUGUCGCCGCCACGCUCUGAUGGUGCAAAGCCACUUUUUUCUUUGCCUCCACCUUUAGAUCAGACCACUUCUUCUUGAUUUCGGCACAGUUUUGUUUUCGUCUACGUCAUCGUCAACGAAAACAAAACUCCACGUGUUUGCGCGCGCGUCUGUGUGUUGGAGGAGCACAGCAGGCUGAUGAGAGCUGUCAGAGCGGACAGAAGCUGCUCCUAUAUGUUUAGCGUUUAACUGACUGAGUUUUGCAACUCUGUUCGUCAUUUUCGUCUCGUCCCAUCAACGUAAACGCACUUUCGUCUCGUCACAUUUUAGUCAUCUCUGACUUAUGUUUAGCUCGUCAACGUUACGUCUUCGUCGUGGAAGAAAAGGGAAAUAUUUCCGUCAACAAAAACAACCAGUGUUGUUCUCGUUGAUGAAAAUAUUUCUUUUUGACGCUGGUGUUGACGAAAAUAUUUGACGAAAUAUGACGAAAACAACACUGUUUUGGCAACGCUGCGCUCAGUGCCAGCCGCAAUUGCCACCACGGCAACGGCGUUUUUAUUGGUGAUGCCACUCGAAUGGCCGCCGAAUAAGGUCUCCCGUCUCGCCGCCACCUCAUUUACAAGAACCUCCACCUCGAUCUCUGAAAAGUUUCUUUUUCUACGACUUGCUGAUGCCAUGGUUAAGCGUGAAAUGCCGUGCAUCCAUCAGGCUUAUCUACAUGCAAAUCACAUUCAUGAGGUAAUUUGCAUGACCAUACAUGGUGAAUUUUGGGUGUGGAGAGGGCGGGGAAGAAUCAAAUCCCUGCUGAGCAACUUUCCAGCUGGUCUGUGAUUUAUAAAGGGAAAGUGCGUGCAGGUGUGCGUAGGCAGGGUUUUAUAAAUCAGAUUUUUUUUUUUGCCUACGCACUUUUCAGCUUUUCAACUUACGUACACUUUUAGUAUGGAUCCUACGCCAGGUUUUAUAAAUGAGGCCCCAGAACUCCCAUAAAGUUCCUUCAGUUUUCAGCUGAACAUUUCACCUCAGCAUUUCACAUUUCAGUUUACCUGCCAGCUCCCAGUAAAUUUUUUAUCAUUAAGUUGGUGUGAGCUGAUGUGAGGCAUGAGCAAUGAUUUAUCAAUGUUUUUGAAGGGAGGUUGUAUGAGUUACAUGUUAUUCAUGAGUGUUUUAGCCUCAGAGGAUGUCAGUUAACUCUGCCCCUUUAACAUGAAAAUGCAGAGAGUGUUGGUACGCAAGCUAGGCUACAGUUUUCAGCAGACAUCUGUAGGACUGUUAAGUGUGACACUUUUUACAGACAAAAGAAACACACAGACGAGUUCCUCCACACUGAUCAGCUGUUUGGUCUGUAGCAACAAAGAGACCAAAUAAUGAUUCUCUCAGUGAGGAUAACAUGCUGUUUAGUGCAAAAAAAAAUGUUUUUACAGAGAAAGAAGCCCACUCAGUGCCCUGUAGGAGAGAUCAGAGAAACUUCUGAGCUAAUGUGAGAGAAAGACAGAUCCCAAAUCAGUGUGCUGCAGGCAGAAGAAUACAUCUGUGAGUCACUGGCUGAGCUGACUGACAUCCACUGAGACAAAAACAUGAAUGACAUGUAACUCAUAGAAAAACACUUAAAAAAACCUGAAAUAUACCUUUAAAGCUGGGCUGGGUGAUGAUGUUGAUUUCAUGCAGCCAGUGUAAACUACCUUGAAAAGUGCCACAAACGAUGUUGAAGACAGCUCAUCCUGUUAAGGACGAGAGCUGUGGGUCCAGUCCACAGCAGAGCAGACUUCUGUGGGAUGCUCACGGUUCCAAAAAUUUCAUGGUGUCUUAGAACAAACUGCUCAGAAAAAUGAACACUUGGACAUGAAUAAGGACAACUAACUUUAAUUAUGGAAACCAUUUUUGAGAAGCAUGCCCCAUCUGUUAGCAUGUAGGAGGCGGGACUGAGAACUGAUACUGCGGACAGUCUGCAGUCUCUUAAGUUUGAUCUCUUCGUUUAGAAUGCUGUCUAACAUUUCUGUCCCUAAACUGUCCCUCAGAACACUAAUGGGCCCCCAGACCUCAUGUUGGACCCCCGGACGGUGUGUGUUUGUAUGGACGAGGUGGUCAGCAAGCGGAGGACAGGCAGCCAGCAGACACCACUGCUGCAGGGACACCUGAAAAAGGUGGACAACAACCUGACAGAGGCCCAGAGGUUCUCCUCGCUUCCACGGAGACCAGCUGUCAACAUUGAGUUUAAGGAUGUCUCGUACUCUGUCAGAGAGGGUCCCUGGUGGAGGAAGAAAGGUACUGCCACACAACAAGUACAUCUUCAUUAGAGCAGUUUCCCUUUACAAUCAAUGACUAAGUCCAUGUCAGAAAAACUGUCCAGUAAGGUGAUAAAUCAUCAAAGUCACCGAGCUACAUAAAAUUAUUUUCAUGAUUUCAAAUAAAUCUACAAAACUGAGAAUGAAGAGCAGCACCAGACUGGUCAGAUCCUCCAGGUGAACAGGAGGGCGAAUAGGAGUAUUUCACAAGUGAAGCCAAUGCAGAAGUGCCUCAGACCUGCAAUCUUUGAAAACACCAGCAGGGGCGACUUCACUCAUCUAGUCUGUAAGUCUGAUCAUGAAGAACUCCUCCUUUUCCAUACAUCAGCAGCAUUGCGGAAGAAGAAGCUCUGUGCUGUUAUCAGGCCUUCGUACUGGUGUCCCAGCACCUGAUUCUAAUGAGCCAAAUCCAACAGGCUGAAACGCAUGGCGCAGCAGGAAUCAGGCUAAAUCAGCCCUGUCCAAGUUGCUAGUCAAGUGGUGCACAAUCCAGGUGAAAGGGAGGCACAGGACCCACAGAGGUUGGAGAAAUUCUUAGGUGGUUUUUUAGAUGACCAUGAAUUAGACCAAUCAGUGUUCACUCUGCACAAACACAAACAGGAUGAUGGUGGUUGAGCUGCAGAGUGAUGAACACCGAGAGCUGAUACAUACAGACACAGGCUUUGAAAAAUUAGUUUUUAUGAAAACGUUAUCCCACGUUAUCAUCACUUGGUUAGCAUCAGCAGCUACAACUUUAGCACACUUUAGGAGGGUUGUCUGUUUGACAGGUUAAAUAAAGGUUAUAUUUUUUAAUUGACUGAUGGAGUGAGGAGGGGUGUGAGCACAUGCAGAGAGCCAGACUGGUCCAAGGUCUGUUUCUAGCUGCAGAGGAUCAGAGACGUUGAGCAGGUCACUGUCAGUCAAAGAACUACAGUCCCCUUUCUGCUGUAGGUUACUGUCAGGUAAACAACACCUGAGGAGCAGGAGGAGGAGCUGAGUCAUUCUUCUUCAUUACAGCAGGUUAAUUCAAACAGACCAGUAGGUGGAGAGCCCAUCAGUAAAGUCAAGCAGGAGUCAGGUUUGAAUCCCACUCAUUUAUAUUUGAUUUUAUUCAGAGCCAGUUGGAGAUUCUUUCAGGAUUCAUCAAUUUGAGUUUGGUGUUUCCCUCCUCGGCUGUCCAAAUUUGCUGAGUACAGUGAACGAACAGCAAACAGUGGGAGGUAUAAGAGUUGAUGCAACAGUUUAAUAACAUCCGAGACUGAUUUAGGAUCUCUCUCUCUCUCUCUCUCUCUCUCUCUUUUUGUGUAUGUCCUGGAUUAUCAGCCUGUAAUCUGUUAAUCUGAGCCAGAGUUUGCUGCUGUAAAUAGCUACAGGUCAGCUUAACAGCAGCUCUGUUGCUCUCAGUCCACAAAAUGAAACAGACAGAGAAAAGGAACUCACUGGAUGAUGUUUCUGCAGUUUGCGAUUAAAGAGAGGAAAACAAAACAACCUGCUGCCUGUCAGUCUGAACCCAGAAUCCCACAGACCAUCACUAGCCAUCACUCUGUUUCAGUGAGACAGUCUGUAACCCGCAGACUGGCAUCACCCUGAAAAGUAUUUCCUUCAAACUGUGAAGAUUACUGUCUGAAAAACUUUGAGGAUAGUUGGAGCCAUCUGUCAACCUGAAAGAAAAUCAUGAAACUCUGCCUACCCAUCACUGCUGUCUGUUUAGAAACAUGUUCUUUAUAUAAAUCCCACCUUUAGCACAAUCUGUCAACCAAGAGGUGGCGCAAAGGAGGGACUCCAAACUUAGGGUCCAUGGACCGCUAGUUGAACAGCUGUGUGUUAUUCUUGGUCACUUUGGGUUCAGCAGGGUUACUGAUGUCAGCUGCAGUAAACAGAGGUGGAUGGUGGCUGGUGAAGGGUUUGUGAGCCUGUCACCAGAAGGUGACAUGUCAUGUUUGCAUGUCUUGGUCCUCUGGGAGGCUGCUACGGGUCGACACCUAAGCAGCAGGUUUAUUUACUCUAUGACUUUAUUCUCCCAAGUUACAACUUUAAUCUCUAAGUCUUUAAAAAACCUCAAUGUUGUCCUGAUACUCUUCUUAUUUCUAAUGUUUUUGAUUGUUGUAGCAGAGCGGAUCAGUUCGUCUCUAAGGAGUAUAAUGUUUGCAGAUUUUAGUGCGUUCAGAGAUCACGCACUCAUGCAGCCUGAGCUGACUGUCUGCUGUUUUUGGAUUUCUUGUAUUUUCUUUGAAGACGCGCUGCAUAAAAGCAUGCUUGAAAAAGGGGCGGGGGUAGUGUGGUUUUGAAACCGAAUUUGAAGCGCGCUUAGAAUUUCUUGCCAAAUGGGACACCGUUCGUGCCACGUGAUGACAUCACGCACACUUCAAAUGCACCGUUCGAACCUAAGGCGCCUUAGACGCCUUAGGUUCAGGAAGUAGUGGAGCUCUGUGUAGAGGCCAUUGCAUAGAUGCUGUCAAGAGCGCUUAAGACUGUACCAGCAAAAGUGGGACGAGAAUAAAGUGUGGAAAUCAUCCCUUUUCUGGCGCCUGAUUAUCUCACUGGAGUCAAUAUUGUCCAUCUCAACCAGUGUAAAUUUGGAGAGUGAGCUCAAGAAUACUCAGUCUGGGGUUUGAACAUCAUUAGCUUCACAGGUUUCUGUGGUGCUGUAUAGUUUCGUCCAUGUCUGCAGAAGAUGUACAGAAAUAUGGACUGAAUGAACUUAGAGUGUCAGGCACAGAGAAGGGAUUUAACUGCAUAGACAAAAAGAGGGUGCACAAGAGUCUUUACUACAGUAACAAGUUGGAUACACAGAAGAUCAGUCAGCAAGAGCAGAGGUACAAAGUCCCACAGGCUAAAAUCAGAAAACGGGAUCGGGCAGGUCCAAAAUACUGGUAACUUAAACUGGAGGAAGAGCUGGCUGUAUCAACUAGGAAGAUAGCGAUAAUCUGGCAGGGAAGUGAGGGAAUACCAGGACUGAAAAAAGGAAAGGGGAGUGAGGCUGACAAGACGCAGGUGCAACACGUUAGGGAGGGAACCGGUGAAGAACAAUGAGGGAAGCAGUACAAUAGGAACUGAAAGAGACAAGAGACAAGGGUUAACAAAAUAAAACAGGAAACUCAGAAAUAAUAAAUUAACUUGACAGAUACUGACACAGACUAACAGUCAGUGUGUUUACAUGCACAGCUUAAUCGGACUAAGAUAAUAUUUCGGUUUUCCACCUAAUCAGACUUUUUUUUAAAGACUUCGAGAUUUAGGUUGUGAAUUUACCAGACUAAAGUAAUUCAUUUAUGAGCGUAAAGUCGUAAGGUUCCCUGUUAUUUCAGAGGAGAGUUUGUAAAAUUAGGGUCAUUGAGUAUUUGAAGGAACUGUGCUUCAGUAUAGGUUUCACAAACAAGGAGAUACUUUAUCCUUUGGCACAUCAGCAUUACACUGUCACAAGUAUAAAGACUUUAAAAAGAAUAUACGAGAAAUGUGCCUUUCCACAGGGAAAAAACAGGUGUACUUGAAGGAAAUCGCUGCUUUUGUGGAGGCAGAAAUGAAUAUGCUAAGGAUAUAUCCGUUUAUGCAGCCGUAAAUAUCCGUGAAUGACAUUGAGCUUUAGUUCAUGAUAUGAAUCCAUAUGCCAUAAUAAGGUGUUGGUGUCUCUGCAGAUGUAGGUUACCGCUGGUGUCAGAGACGUGGUUCUGAUCGGAGCUCGACUCCCUCUGGAUCACAAAUGUUGAUCAUCAGUUUGAUUGUUUCUUGAAAUACCACAAAAACUCUCUGAAUGACCCGCUGAUGCAUCCACCGAUAACCCUGCAGUUGACCAGCUCCAGACAUUUCUCCCUCUACCAAAGCAGCUUUAUGACUUUAUUUAUUUUAUGACUUCACUCUCCUAAGUUUACAACUUUAAUCUCUUUAAUCAUCAGGCUUCUCGAUGUGGCCCUGAUACGCCAAUGUAGUUUUGUCAGCUUUCUUAUUUCUAAUGUUUUGAGUUAAGAGAGCAUGCGCGCAUGGAGCCUGAGCUGACUGUCUUGUGUUUUUGGAUUUCUUUUAUUUUCUUUGAAGAGUCCAGUCUCUCACCUGAAAUGCGCAGCUGUGCAGUGGCACGCAAAGAAUUCUGGGAUACCAAGGCCAUGAAAGCGUGCAUAAAUGCACGCUUGAAAAAGGGGCGGGGGCAGGGUGGUUUUGGGACUGCAUUUUAAGCAUGCUCAGAAUCACAAGCCAAAUGUGACACUGUUAGCUCCGCGUGAUGACGUCACAUACACUUGAAAUGCACCAUUCAACGGUGCAGUCUCUGAAUGGAGACACAGCCAUUGUCUGAUCAUAAUCUGACUACGCCGGUUACAUGGUAGAGAAAAUCGAACUCCAAUCACAAUAUCUGGGUGUCUUAAUCGGAAUUCUCUAACUCCAAUCAGAGUUCUCAAACUCUGAUUAUAGUCGGACUAAUGUGUUAAAAUACACUUCAGUUUUCCGGUUUUAAAAGUUUUCCACAGAAAAGAAAACACAGGGAGCCACAAAACCCCUCUGGCAUCUAAAAUGAAGAUAACAUUUGCAUUAGGCCUGGGCGAUAUAGAAAAAAAGCAUAUCGAUAAAAAAUAAAUCAUAUUGAUCGAUAUCGAUAAUUAUCGAUAUAAUUAUUAUAAUUAUUUAACAUAUAUUUUAAUUGCAGCCCUGGAUGUUUUAUGCUAUUGCUUAAUGACCUACUUUUAAUAAAGAACACACAAGCACUGAAUUCAAAUUCAAACCUUUAUUCAACCACCUUUUUUAUUUUACCACAACUGAAAGUUUUUAAAAAAAGAACUAAAAAAAAAAAGAAAUCAACUUAAGUGGCCUGAGUGACGUCAGUAAAUACUGACAAACAUAAAGACUAAAGUGACCAGAAAAUCUGAUAAAUAAAUAUUUAAAUAGUCUUUUGAUGAAAAUAAACAAAACAAACAAAUAUAUAAAUAAACAGAAUAGCUUUAGGUGGGAAUAGCAUACUACCAGUUUUAACUGUGUGGGAAACUGCCCACAGCCUGGUGUCUGAACACUGAAAUAUUUCUCCCGGGGUCGGGAGAUUUAUUUUUUUUUAAUUAUCAUGUGAUUGACUUAAUACACAAACUAAGCACGAGAAGCAGGACUUAUCCACGCCGGUGUUGUGUCGUAGAAUGCACCCCUGCCGAAUGCACCCCCUGCUAGUAGCCAUGAUCCAAAUACUCGCGUCUUUGUAAAAUAUGAGCUCAUUUGAACGUAUUUCCUCCGCACCAUUCUCACCUUUUCAACCCCUGACCCAUUUUCAUGCCUGAAGCGCUGUGUUUGAGAAAUACUUGCGGCCGGGCACUUCAUAUCGCGGGUCGAGAGUGGCUAGAAGCUGGUCGAAGCCAGGCUUUUCAGCGGUAGUUAUUGGCAGUAUGUCCCUCGCUAUGGAGCAUGUUACUGCAUGGGUGAUGUCCUUAUGCCGCUCGGACGCUUUGUCGUAUUUUGGCAAGAAACGAAGUCCAGUUUGGUCUGCUUCACUUGCUUUGUGCUGGUGCUGGCAGCGGUUCCAGAGGAUUCCUCCGACGAUGACGUGGAGCCGCGGCGCGGCCGACACAGCUCGUACUCCUGCGGGUGCGAUCGGUUUAGAUGGUAAAACAAGUUGGUUGUGUUACCAGACUUGGUUUUUACUAAUUCUCUGCAAAUUUUGCAAACGACCGCUGUUCGCUUUUUGUCAGACUUCUAAAAACCAAAACAUUGCCAUGCUGGUGAACUACUGAAACCUUUUUUCUGUAUCAUUUUUUCUAAUACACGUGCUGUCUGUUGUGGUUUGAUAGGGGCUGGACUUGGUGCCGUAGCGUACCUGGGUCUGCGUUUGUGAUUGGUUGGGAGGAAGUAAUGACUGUAGUAAAAGCUACAUGAUAGGCUAUGAUGAAAAAGAAAGGGAAACUGUGUUUUUCUAUCGAACUUUUUAUCGACCCGUUUUUUUUCUAUCGCACCACACGUCUAUCGAUCAAUAUAUAUUGUUAUCGAAUUAUCGUCCAGCACUAAUUUGCAUAUAUUGUUUUUUUUUACCUUUAUAAAAAACUGUAGUGAGUUUCAUUUAUGAAAUGAAUGAACUGCUGCAGAGAAAAAGAAAUGUUAUAUCUGCAGGCAAACAAAAAUAUUUGAACAGUUUGAAAUAAUCUUAAAGACCCACUUCGAUGAAAAUCACGUUAUUCUUGUUGUCUACAUGCUCAUACAUCAUUUUCCAGAAGCUACAGGACAUAUCAUAAGUAAUACAAGAGCGAAAUUGCAUUUCUGAGUAUUUCUACAUUCAAAUCACUGUGAAUCUCUGGCAGACCCAAACGGUAGUCUCAGACGCAGGGAGAUUUCCUACUUUACAACUGCACGCUCCACCCUUGGAGCCCUGCAUGCAGGCCACACUCAGAGGAGUUGAAAGGAAGAUCGCACAACAAGCGUGUGCGUUAAAUAAGAAACACAAUUUCACUGAACAAUGUAAGAUACUAUAUAUUUGCAAAAUAAUAGCCAAUUAAAAUGUGAAAUUUACUUGCUUAAAGUGACUUUCGCUCCUGAACCUAAGCGCACAGCGUCUCCACAUCCAGGCUGUGUGACAUCACAUUCAUCUUCACAUAGGUUUUCGGUUUUCCCUAGUCCACAGUUAUGAUGCAUAUUUUGAGCGAUAAAAAAAAAUUGAACAUGGUUUAUUUAAUGUUACAAGAGCAUUAAAAACUUUGAAUUUAGAAUGACACAAAAAACUAAAGUCAAAUAAAUUCAAAUGAGAUAUUUAUUAUUAUUUUCCAAAUCCAAAGGGAGCCGCAGCUUAGGGAAGAAAGAGCCGCUUGCGGCUCCAGAGCCGCGGGUUGGUUCACCUGGUCUAGAGGAAUCUAAGAGAAGAAGGAGGUCAGGGUCUGAGGCGGACAAUCAUAGAUGAUGCAGCUGGGUCAGGCAGGUCCACAGCAGCCAACCGUCUGUAGCACCAGUUCAAAGGAACCUAGGAGACUGGGGGGCUCAGGGACAUUCAGAGAGAUCUGGUUAGUACCUUAAAUGGGACAUGAAGAUCUAAAGGAGAGAGAGGGACAGACAGGAGCUUAGUGUGCCAGAUAACCCCGGCAGUCUUAGCCUAUUGCCACAUAACUAAGAGGUGGUUCAAGCCUAACCAGCCUUAAAGGGAUAUUCAUGCGUAAAAUUAAGUUAAGGUCAAACAUACCGUAACACUGAGUUAGACACCCUGUCAAGAGAUGAAUGUUGCCAACCUCUUGCUUCUCUAGUUAUACCAACUUUAGUAAUGACCACAUGAUAGCAAUACACAGAGCCCGGAGGUCUCUAUACAAACAAGCGGCUGCUGGAAGAGAGUGGGAGAGUUGUGUGAAACAAGAAAUCAGGCAAAGUUAAGAAGAUGUUUUGAUGGUUAGUACUGUGGCUGGGACGCUGUAUGUACUGUUGAUUAAGUUACGUGCUGUUCUGCGCAUUAUUUGUGGCUAUAAAGUGGCUUUUUGGUUCAGCGCGUGGUUCCUGGGACCACUGUGUAUUGCCAUUGUACAGUCGUUACUAAAGUUAGUAUAACUAGAUAAGCAAGCGGUCGGCAACAUUGAUCUCUUGAUCGGUUGUCUAACUUGGUGUUACGGUGUGUUUGACCCAUAACUUAAUUUUCUGACAGAAUAUCCUUUUCACUAUAAGCUUUAUACAGAAGUUUUAGGUCUACUCUUGAAAGUUGAGAGGGUGUCUGCCCCCUGAACCUUGAAUGGUAAAUUAUUACAGAGGAGAGGGGCCUGAUAGCUGAAAGCUCUACCUCCAAUACUACUUCUAGAGACAUUUGGGACAAUGAGCAGACCUGCAGACUGUGGGCAUAACGGUCUAGGCGGUAAGUAGGGUAUUACGGGUAUUAACCAGCCUAGAGGUAACAAAAGCAUGGACUAGUUUUUCUGCAUCACUCUGAGACAGGAUGGGUCUAAUUUUUGAGAUAUUGCGCAGGUGGAAAAAAGCUAUCCUAGAGAUUUGCUGAAUGUGGGAGCUGAAGGACAAAUCCUGAUCAAAUAAAACUCCCAGAUUCCUUACAGUGGUAUAACUGUAACUAUACUAACUGCUUUAUACCUGCCUGAUAUUUGCUUCUAACCUGCUUCAUAUUUGAACACUAAAAACACCUGAUAGAGGUGAUUUCACAGCAGUCUAAAAGCUUCAGAGCAGAAUACUUAAACUAGAAAAAACUGAAGGCAGUUACUUUCUGUUCCAUACUGACCUCAAGAGUUGUUGUGUUAAACAAUUACAACAACAACAACAACAACAACAACAAAACACCCUACAGCCGCUGGUAGACCGCAAAGGACCUCUUAAAGGCCCUUAAAGCUGAGGGCCAAGGGGAAGAAGUGAAAACACAACCCGAAGAAAUGAGACGCCACAUUCCUGCUACAUAAUCAUACUUUGCUGCUUGCUGGCUGUGUCGUAGGCAGUUGCGGCAAUUUCUGUAAACAGAAUUAUAAUUGUUGCAAAAAAGUCAGAAAACAAAGAUGGGCGCCUACUGUUGGAACGUUAAGCCAUUGUUAGUUGUUGUUAACUUUUGUUAUCUAUACCAGUUAAAAACAACACAUAACAUGGUGUCUAAAUCAUGAGCUCACAAGAGCAUGUAGUUUCUACAUUAGAAGCUACAUUACCUAAUAUAGUUUCUCUUCUUUUCUCCUCUCUUCUCUUCUCUCUCUCUCUCUCUCUCUCUCUCUCUCUCUCUCUCUCUCUCUCUCUCUCUCUGUCUCACUCUAAGCCUCUUUCUCUCUCUUUCUCAGUCUGAGUUUGUUCUGCAACCAUUUUAUUUAAAUCCUGAAACGUUUUUUCUAAUAGGUCUUUUUCUUAAAAUGUUUUAGCUAACACCUUUUUUCUAAAUCUUUUUUAUUAUCAUCAUCAUCAUCAUCAUCAUCAUCAUCAUCAUCAUCAUCAUCAUCAUCAUCAUCAUCAUCAUUAUUAUUAUUAUUAUUAUUAUUAUUUUAUUAGGGACACAGGGCAAACGCACCAAGGCACUGGCUCCUAUACAAUAGAGAUGCUUUAAACUCUACAACUACAGAGUUGUAAGACAAAUUACAUAUCAAAAUGUGUGGUUUGAUCUGAAUCAGUGUCCUAUUACUUUUCUCAAUUGUAUAUGAAUUUUUCGCUAAGUCAAUGGGACAGGGCAACAAAAAGAGCUUUUCAAACAUCUACUGCUCCUGCACCGUUUUUUUGUUUGUUUUUUUCAUUUUUUUUAUGUUGUAUUAAUUAAUACUUGGAAAAGAAAUCUUUGUCUUAGGUGUGCUCCUUGUAUAUAAUAUCACAGUCGUAUUAAUAGUAUUAAUUAUUUAAAAUCUCUGUCAAACCUCAUCAUGAUGUACACACCCUGACAGUAGCCCCCUUCCGACCCCUUCAAAAUAUCCGGAGGGAAUUUUCCAGUGAUGUUUAAUGUGAAGUACUUUGAUCUGAGCUCUGACCGAUGAUGGAGGUCUCCUGGAGACUUGAUGCUGUAUCAUCAGAGGGCUGACUGAGAGUCCUAAGGAGGUUCUGACCUGAACCUGCAGAUAGAACCAGCAAAAACGUUCAGAUAUUUGAGUCCUAAAUCAUUGAAAAAGGCCUCAGAUUUGAUUACUGUGUCCCUCCCUCUGUAAUAAUCUGGUGUGCUGUGUCUGGGUAUCUUCUGUCAGUAAUUGCCUCUCAGUGUGCAUAAAGUAUUCAGUCAGCACAGGGACGCUCAGUCCUGCAGAGGACAAAGACCGGCAGCAACUCAGUUUAAAGCAGAUUCAGAGCCAGCUGCUGUUUUGUUGUGUUAAGUCUGUAAUGAGAUGCUGUCUGAGGGUUAAACAGCUCAGGUUUCUAGGAACUCUCUGUGAAGGUUCCUGUUAGAGAGUUUCACUGAGACAACUCACCUGCUCAGAUGGGACAGGCGCUCCUCCUCCUGAGAGGGAAAACCAUGGAGACCCUGAGAAAGUGGGAGUAAUGGAUAGAACAUGAUGUCAGAGAAGGUGAGGGAGAGGUCAGUCCUGUUGCAUUUUGGGUAACGAUAGUGUGCAGCAUGUUAAUAAGGGCACUGCAGCUCAUUAUCCAAACUGCAGACAAAUAAAUACAUGAGCUUACCUGACAGCCCAAACUGAGGGCGAAGAGAGCCCGCAGCUAAAAAAAAAAAAAAAAGGUUUGAUCCAGAUGGAAGGGUUCAUCUGGAGUGAUCCGCUGCAUCUCACCCCCCUUAGUCUGACCAGCACCACUCUGAUACUUCCUUUUUGUAUGAGUAAAUAUUUAAUGACAUCCAACUGGAAGCUGACACCUGACACACUUUAAAAUAAAGGUAUCUUUAAAAGUAUUUCUGACCUAUGUGUCAGUGACAUUUAAAUCUCUGAUAUCAAUGUUUCAGCUCUGAAACCUGCAGAAACUAAAGACCUUAACCCUUAACAUGUUAUUAUUGAAGUCUGACAACUAUUUCUGCCCUUAAAAAUAAAAUUCCUCAUUAUAUUACAGUAGGGGGAAUACAGGGCCUUUAGGAUCUGAAGAUACUGAUACUGAUAUGAUCCUGUAUCAGCACUGAAGUAACAACAACCUUCCAGACCUAAGUGCCCCAGUAUGAGGAUCAGACUGGAAUCUCUCAGCACAAAAUUAGUACAAAAUAUGUUGGAGUUGUUGGGGAUGUUGGAGUUUUUGGAGAUGUUGGAGUUGAAAGGCUUGUUGGAUUUGUUGGAGUUAGUGGAGGACUAUGAGAUCAAAAGAAAAAAAGGGGGGAAAGGAGUGCUUGCUGGAUUUAAAAAAAGGGAGGUGUAAGUUGUUGGUUUUUUUUUGGAAUGGGAUUCACACAGUCAUGUGGCAGAAAGAGAAGAAAACUCCAAGGCACCCUCCUCAUACUAUUAAAAUGCCUUUAUUGAAACAGCAUGGUCAUGUAGACCUUAAUAAAAACAUCAAGCCUUCUUCGAGACUUGACCUGCAGGUGGUGGCAAACAUAACAACUCUCCAGCAGAUGGUGCUAUUCAGGUCAAUAACAGUUCCCACAGUGUUUAAACUCAAACCCAUUACACACACAAAAAAAUAAAAAUAAAAAGUACUGCUUUAGACAGUUGUACAAGGCAUACAUAUUUUAAACACAAAGACUUAGUGCUUAAACAACAUCCUUCCUUCACAAGAAUACAGUGUAAUCUAUAGUUUUAUUUUUCUUCUCCCUUUUUUCCUUUUUCUAAAUUUUUUUCUUAAUUAUUACAUUUAUUUAAGUUCUUAAUAUUAGGAUCUUUAUUUUUAUAACUGCAUUUUUGCACGAUUUGUCUGUGAUGCUGCUGUGACAAAAAAAUUUCCCCCAUGGGGGAUCAAUAAAGGAAUAUUCUAUUCUAUUCUAUUCUAAUCCUGUUCUUCAUUUAGUCCAGGGUGUUUUGUGGCUCGUAGUUUGUCAAUCCAGAAUGCCUCCUUUUGUCAUCUUUUCUGAUGGUCAGAGGAAUGUGGUCAUAACAAAGAUUUGUAAUAUAGUUGUGUUGCUGUUAUGGAAAUCCAAGUAAUGUUUUGCCAUGGGGUAGUGGAUUAUUCCAGUUCUUAUUGCAUAUUUGUGUUCUGCAAGUCUAUCUUGUAGGUGUCUUUUGGCUCUGCCAAUGUAAAAAAACUUGGGACAUUCUAGCCUUGUCACGAUUCAGGCACCGAGGCUCAAAUGCGGACAAAGAGACUCAAGACAGAGCAGUUCAAUUAAACAGAUAUUUAUUUGGUCCCAAAAAUGCAAACAGAAAUAGGAAAACGGAACUAAGGUGGGCAGUAACAAUUAACAAAAAGCGCUGUCUGAAAAACGCGAGACAGGAUCAGUAAUAAUUAACAAAAAGCUCUGUCUGUAAAAACGCGAGACUGGAACAGUAAUAAUUAACAAAAAGCGCUGUCUGCAAAACGCGAGACUGGAACAGUAAUAAUUAACAAAAAGCGCUGUCUGCAAAAACGCGAGACAGGGUCAGAACAAUUAACAAAAAACGCUGUCUGCAAAACGCGAGACAGGGUCAGAACAAUUAACAAAAAAAACGCUGUCUGCAAAACGCGAGACAGGGUCGGGUACUACCAGAGCUAGCGAGAGAGCGAGUGAGCAGGCAGUCCGUGAUCUCCGACUGGAGGGGGAGAGGCAGGUGGUGAUGGCGUGAGGCGGCGUCCUGGACGGAGCUGGGAUGAAAAGCAGGAGAGCUGGGUACGCAGGCGGGAAGAGCAGGCGGAGUGGGCAAGGGGUCUUCAGGUUACGGUCCAGCGUCGGGUUGUGGGAAGUGUCCGGUUUUUAUGGCAGCGGGUGAAUGAAUGAGAGCGCUCCUCUCCCCGCCACACGGAUCGAUCCGCUGAUUAGAAAGUGGCUGCACCUGUCCGCCCUGAAGCUGCAUCACACCAAUACCUGCUUAGAGAGAGGGAGAGGAGGAGAAGAGGGAGGGGGGAGAAGAGAAAAGAGGGAGAAGAGAAAAGAGAGGCUGCCCCUAUCUGGCCCUAGAAGUAGAGGGCGUGACAGUACCCCCCCCCCCCCCCCCCUACGUGCACCUCCAGGUGCACGAAGGCGCUUCUCUGGGUGGCCAACUUCUUUGACUCCACCCGGAGUGGGAGAUCCUUGGCCCUGAGCCAAACCCUCUGGCCCGGGGCGUAGGCAGGAGCAGGGGAACGGCGACGGUUGGCCUGUUGCUCCAUUCUCAAGGAGGCCCGGCGGAGGGCGACCCGAACCUUCCUCCAAGUUCGUUUGCACCUCCUGACGAAGCUUUGCACCGAGGGUAUGACAAUCUCCUCUUCAGAAGCUGGAAACAGGGGGGGCUGGUAUCCCAGGACGCACUGGAAGGGGGACAGUCCAGAGGAAGAGUUAGACAGGGAGUUGUAAGCAUACUCCACCCAGGGGAGUUGAUUGCUCCAGGUCGUAGGGUGUUCUGAGGCCACACAGCGUAGGAAAGUCUCUAGAGACUGAUUGGCCCGUUCCGUCUGGCCGUUCGACUGUGGGUGGAAACCAGAAGAGAGACUGACCGUGGCCCCCAGAGCCUUACAAAACGCCCUCCACACCUCUGACGUGAACUGGGGACCACGGUCGGAGACUAUGUCGGAAGGGAUGCCGUGAAUCCUGAAAACCUGAGAGACCAGAAGAUCUGCAGUCUUAAUGGCUGUGGGUAACUUGGGCAGGGGAAGGAAAUGGGCAGAUUUGGAGAACCGGUCGACAAUGGUUAAUAUGGCAGUGUUGCCCUGGGAAGGAGGGAGGCCUGUGACAAAAUCCACUGCAAUGUGGGACCAGGGUCUCCUGGGAAUGGGAAGCGGCCGCAGGAAUCCGGAGCUGGGUUGAUUGGAUGUUUUGUUGCGGGCACAGACGGAGCAGGCCAGGGUGAACUCACGGGUGUCUGCCUCCAUGGUGGGCCACCAGAACCGUUGCCGGAGGACCUCUAAGGUGCGGGCAGAUCCGGGAUGACAGGCGAACUUAGAGGUAUGCCCCCACAGGAGGACCUGCGGGCGGACGGCUUCUGGGACAAACAGGCGGUUUGGAGGACUGCCUCCAGGGUCAGGUUGCUGUUCUAGGGCCCGGAGUACUUGGGCCUCAACCUCCCAAGUGAGGGAGGCGACAAUGCGAGUCUGGGGCAAGAUGGGUUCCGGGUCUGGCAGGGCGUUCUCUCCGGAGAACUGACGGGACAGGGCAUCAGGCUUGGUGUUCCUGGACCCGGGGCGAUAAGUGAUGGAGAAGUUGAAGCGGCUGAAGAAGAGGGACCAGCGGGCCUGGCGGGAAUUCAUCCUCCUUGCCGACCUGAUGUAUUCCAGGUUCUUGUGGUCUGUCCACACGAUGAAAGGCUGCAGGGCACCCUCCAACAGAUGCCGCCAUUCCUCCAGAGCGAGCUUGACGGCCAACAGCUCGCGAUCUCCGACGUCAUAGUUCCUCUCUGCGGGGGUAAGACGCCGUGAGAAGAAGGCACAGGGGUGUAGUUUUUGGUCUGUAGCAGCCCGCUGGGACAGGACUGCCCCUACCCCGGUGUCCGAGGCAUCCACCUCCAGGAUGAACUGUCUCUCGGGAUCUGGCUGGAUCAGGAUAGGCGCCGAAACAAAGCAUUGCUUCAGCUCAGAGAAGGCUUUGUCUGCUUCAGGGGUCCAACCAAAGAUCUUGGUGGUGGAAGUGAGGGUGGUCAGGGGGGCUGCCACAGAGCUGUAAUUUCGGAUGAAACGGCGGUAGAAGUUUGCAAAACCAAGGAAGCGCUGAAGCUGUCUCCGGUCUUCGGGACGGGGCCACUCAGUCACUGCCUCCACCUUUAAUGGGUCCAUCUUGACCUCCCCGGAGGAGAUGAUGAAUCCCAGGAAAGCCACAGUGGAUGCGUGGAACUCACAUUUCUCUGCCUUGACGAAGAGGCGGUUCUGGAGGAGACGUUCGAGGACCUGGCGGACAUGGCAGACGUGUUCUUCAAGGUUUCGGGAGUAUAUUAAGAUGUCAUCCAGGUAGACGAAGACGAACCGAUUGAGCAUGUCCCUCAAGACGUCGUUGAUGAGGUUCUGGAAAACUGCGGGGGCGUUAGUGAGGCCGAAGGGCAUGACCAGGUAUUCAAAGUGUCCCAGGGGAGUAUUGAAGGCGGUCUUCCACUCGUCGCCCUCCCGGAUUCGGAUGAGGUGGUAGGCAUUUCUAAGAUCCAGUUUGGUGAAGACAGAGGCUCCAUGCAGCGGGGUGAAGGCAGAAUUGAUUAGGGGAAGGGGGUAAGUAUUUUUAACAGUAAUGUCAUUGAGGCCCCGGAAGUCUAUGCAGGGACGGAGGGAUUUGUCCUUCUUGGAGACAAAAAAGAAUCCAGCGCCGACAGGGGAUGAAGAGGGGCGGAUGAUGCCAGCCGCCAGAGAAUCGCGGAUGUAGGACUCCAUGGUGGCCUGUUCAGGUCUAGACAGGUUGUACAGUCUGCAGCGGGGUAGUGUAGCUCCGGGAAGUAAGUCUAUAGCACAGUCGUAGGGUCUGUGUGGGGGCAGAGACAGGGCUUGAUCCUUGCUAAAAACCAUGGCCAGAUCGUGGUACACAGAAGGUACAAGGUCCAGGUUGAGGGGUUCGGAAGGUAGGGCCUGGGUGCUGGCUCGAGUUUCAGGAGUCAGGGCAGACGUCAGGCAACGUUGGUAGCACUCCCGGCUCCAGGAACGGAUCUCCCCCUGCUGCCAGUCAAUGUGGGGAUUAUGGACCUGGAGCCAAGGGAACCCAAGAACCAAGGGUGGAAUAGACUGGUCGAUGAGGUGGAAGGAAAUUGUCUCAUGGUGGUUGCCCCCCACCACCAGGGAGACCGGAACAGUCUUAUGGCGGACUUGGGCCAGGUGGAGUCCGUUCAGAGCACGAGCCUCCAGGGGCGCGUCAAGAGUUUCUGUGGGAAUGCCGAGCUGGGACGCCAGGCGAGAGUCCAGGAAAUUCUCUUCAGCCCCAGAAUCCACCAGGGCUAGAAGAGGGAUAGGCUGACGCUGCCAACACAGGGUUAUGGCCACUUGGAGACGUUGUGGGGGCGAAGUAGUAGUAGUACGGCUCACCAGCAGAUCCCCCGUCACUGGCGAGCCGGACCUUUUGGCGGACGGGCAGGGCAGAAGGCAAUGUAGUGACCCGGACGCCCACAAUACAGGCACAGGUUUGCUGACCGACGUUGUAACUUCUCAGACUCAGUGAGGUGGGCACGGCCGAUCUGCAUUGGCUCUGGGAGAGACUCCGGCGGGGGGUCCGGCUGAGUUCUGGGGCCUGGGGCACUUGGGGUUCUGGUGGGUCCUAGUACAGAGCGGGCGCUGCGUUCUCGCCUCCUUUCCCGGAGCCGGUUGUCAAUCUUAAUCGCUAAUGCGAUGAGGUGGUCUAGGUCUGGAGAGUCGUCACGAGUUGCCAGCUCGUCCUUUAGGGCCUCACCUAGCACUUUGUAAAAGGCUCCCUGGAGCGCGCCGUCGUUCCAGGAGCUCUCUGCAACCAGCGUCCGGAACUCCACCGCAAACUCUGCGACACUCCUUGUCCCUUGGGAGAUGGCCAUGAGGCGGUGGCUGGCGUUGUUUCCGCUUACUGGGUGGUCAAAACCUUCCUCAUCUCUGCCACGAACGCCGCGUAGGACUCACAGGCACUGUCCUGGCGCCCCCAAACGGCCGUGCCCCACUCUCUCGCCUGUCCUGACAAUAACCCGAUGGUGUAGGCUAUUUUUGAACGAUCGGAGGCAUAGGAGAGAGGCUGCAUCUCAAAAACUAGUGAAACCUGAGUUAAAAAGGUCUGGCAGGAUCCUAACUCCCCCCUGUAACGUUCAGGUACAGGCACUACAGGUUCACGAAAGGGAGGUGGAACACUAACGCUAGCCAAGACAGGAUUAGCGGCUAACGCUGAGCCUGGGGGAGCAGUCUUAGCAAUUUGACCAGCCAACCCUCUUAACUGGGUGGUUAGUUCAGAGAUCUGAUUAAGCAUAACAUGAUUGCUACUGACCAGGGAACGCAACAAUUCAUCAUGUUGAGCUAACACGCAUUCCUGAUUAGCAAUAGCUUGUUGAAACGUGGUAGCGGGGGAGACUGCCUCCGCGCCAGUCUCUUUGUCUGCUGAGCUCAUCUAGGCUGGACCGUACUGUCACGAUUCAGGCACCGAGGCUCAAAUGCGGACAAAGAGACUCAAGACAGAGCAGUUCAAUUAAACAGAUAUUUAUUUGGUCCCAAAAAUGCAAACAGAAAUAGGAAAACGGAACUAAGGUGGGCAGUAACAAUUAACAAAAAGCGCUGUCUGAAAAACGCGAGACAGGAUCAGUAAUAAUUAACAAAAAGCGCUGUCUGUAAAAACGCGAGACUGGAACAGUAAUAAUUAACAAAAAGCGCUGUCUGCAAAACGCGAGACUGGAACAGUAAUAAUUAACAAAAAGCGCUGUCUGCAAAAACGCGAGACAGGGUCAGAACAAUUAACAAAAAACGCUGUCUGCAAAACGCGAGACAGGGUCAGAACAAUUAACAAAAAAAACGCUGUCUGCAAAACGCGAGACAGGGUCGGGUACUACCAGAGCUAGCGAGAGAGCGAGUGAGCAGGCAGUCCGUGAUCUCCGACUGGAGGGGGAGAGGCAGGUGGUGAUGGCGUGAGGUGGCGUCCUGGACGGAGCUGGGAUGAAAAGCAGGAGAGCUGGGUACGCAGGCGGGAAGAGCAGGCGGAGUGGGCAAGGGGUCUUCAGGUUACGGUCCAGCGUCGGGUUGUGGGAAGUGUCCGGUUUUUAUGGCAGCGGGUGAAUGAAUGAGAGCGCUCCUCUCCCCGCCACACGGAUCGAUCCGCUGAUUAGAAAGUGGCUGCACCUGUCCGCCCUGAAGCUGCAUCACACCAACACCUGCUUAGAGAGAGGGAGAGGAGGAGAAGAGGGAGGGGGGAGAAGAGAAAAGAGGGAGAAGAGAAAAGAGAGGCUGCCCCUAUCUGGCCCUAGAAGUAGAGGGCGUGACAAGCCUGUAAAUAACAAAAUUAGUCUUGCUGUUGAUAAAGUUAUUGAUUUUGUACUCUUUUUGUGAUGGUAAAUCCAAAAAAGUCUUGUACAGUGGUUACAGUGGCUGCAUUGAUAAGGCCCUUUUGGUUUUGGUCCCAGCCAUGAAGUUGGAUUGUUGGGUUUAAGGUGACUAUGAACCAGUUAAUCUUGUAGUGUUAGGGCUCAUCGGAAGCUGACAGAGGAGGCUGUAAAAUGUUAAGUAGUCCAUCACUCUCAGUGGAGGAUGUGGUGGAGAGAUCUACGCUGAGAAAGGUGGAGACUAUUCUAAAGAACAUGGAUUAUCCACUUCAUAACACCUUAAUAGACUAAAGGGCCAAUGGUGGUGGACGGUUCCUCUCUAUUCGCUGCAGGACAGAAAGAUUCAGAAGAUCUUUUGUGCCCACAGCCAUCAGACUUUACAACUUUUCUGUAAAUAGUAGAUGACUCUUAGGGACAUUACAAAUGAGAUUGCAGACAAUUGGAUUUCCCUUUAGAGAUCAAUAAAGUUCUUAUUCUUAUUAUUCUUAAAUCUACCUGUGAACCAGACCAAAGCAAACACACAUCAUCAAUGUACUGUCCACACCAGACUAUGUGGUUUCGAAACCUAUUUUUUUUCAUUGUUCAAAACAAAGUCCUUUCCCCAUUUUCCAAGGUAUAAACCUGCAUAAGAAGGACUGUAGCAUGCCUCAAUGGCACAACCUUUCAUCUGUUUGAAUACCUCAUCUUGAAACAUAAAGAUGUUGUUUUUUAAAGGCCAUUCUAUCAAUGUAAGAAAAGAUUAAUCAGGUGGUGUUUCAGGUUCUGUUCAGGUGUCCAAAAAUGUUUUAGUGCUGCCAGGCCUUGUGCAUGUUCUAUUGUUGUGUAGAGUGAUCCACAUCCAGGAUAGCUAAAAAAAGAUGUCAGAGAUGUUUGAGUUGGAGUUGUUGGAGACGUUGGACUUGUAUGAGAUGUGCAAAUUGUUGGAGAUGUUGGAGUUGUUGCAGAUGUUGCAUUUUUUUGGAGAUUUGGAAUGUAAAAGUUAUCAGAGUUGUUCAAUGGUUGAAGAUGUUGUGUUGGAGAUAUGAGAGUUGUUGGAGAACUUGGCUUUGUUGGAUUUGUUGAACAUACAGUUUUUGAAUAUGUUUGAGUUCUUUGAGUUUUUUAAGUUGUUGGAUAUGUUAGAGUUCUUGGGGAGGUUAGAGUUUCAGAGGUGUUUCAGAUGUCGCAGAUGUUGAAUUAUUUGGAGAUGUUGAAGUUUUUUAAGUUGUGAAAGUUGUCCGAGUUGUUGAAUUGUGAAAGAUGUUAGGGUUAGAGCAUAGACUGUAUAUACUAUGGACAACCUGGUUCCGCCUACCGCCUGUAUAUGGAUUUGAAGCCAAAUAACUCUCGGUAUUUCCGGGAUUUUUGUUCAUUUCCUGAAACCAGCGCUGUGCAGUAGCGUUGUGCGCAUUCGGCCGCGCAGUCGCAGAGAGUCACUGUGAUGAUGCUCGGCUCAAACAGCGUAUCCCCCGGGAGAGCUACUCAAUCCCUGAACGCCCAUAGGCUGUAUCAGGUGUCAAUCAUAGCAAACAUGAACCCCCUAAUAACUUUUAAAAACUGAGCUUCACAGAAAAAAAGAGGACUUGAGCACAAACCAGUCUUACAAUAACUACAUGUCAACACCGCAAGCAGGGGGGAGAAAAAUGUAUGUUCUGUUAAAUAAAUUUCUAAAGUUGGUCCACAGCCCCAUAAGCUUUGCUGGCGGAAACGGGAUUUAUGACCUAUACUGCAGCCCAUCAACAGAGGGUGCUGUUCUUGGAGUGGCUUCACCCCGCGAGGAGGCAGACGGCAUCCAUUCUAUAUACAGUCUAUGGGUUAGAGAUAUAAGAGUUGUCGGAGUUGUUGGAGAUCUUGGAGUUUUUGUAGUUGUCUAGGUACCUGAAGUUGUUUGAGUUCUUGGCUUUGUUGGAGUUGUUGGACAUGCAAGAGUUGUUGGAGAUGUUUGAACUGUUGGAGUUGUAGGUGAUGUUGAGGUUUUUGGAGUUGUUGUAGUUGAUGCAGAUGUUGGAUCUUUGGGAGAUGUUGAAGCUUUAAAGUUUUAAAAGUUGUCAGAGUUGUUGAAUUGUCGAAGAUAUUUUGUUGGAGAUAAUAGAAUUGUUAGAGUUGUUGGACGUAUAAGAAUUGUUGGAAAUGUUUGAGUUCUUGGAGUUGUUAGAGAUGGUGUAGUUGUUGGAGAUCAUAGAGUGUUUGAAGUUGUUGGAGCUGUAGGACUUAGAUUAAGUGAAGGAAAAUGACAUUUUGAGGUUAUUUGAGGUGUUAGGGAAAUUGGAGAUGUUGGUAGUGUGGGAGAUAAUGUAGUUGUUGGAGUUUUUGAGAUUUUAAAGUUGUUAGAGAUGUGGAAGUUGUUGAAGAUGUUUGAGUUGUCAGGGAUGAUGGAGAUGUUUGAGUUCUUGGAAUAUUUGGAUAUUUUGGAAUUGUCUGAGUUGUUUGUGUCAUGUGGCAGGGUUAAACAAAAGAAAAAAAAAUAACAACAAUAAUAAUAAUAAUAAUAAUAACAAUAAUAAUAAUAAUAAUAAUAAUAAUAAUAAUAAUAAUAAUAAACUUUAAUUGUGUAGCACCUUUCAUGACAUGAGAUGCAGCUCAAAGUGCUUUACAGAUCAAGAACAAAGCACAAGUGCUUUACAGAGAAGGUAAAUGAUUAGCAAUAAAACAAUAAAAUUAACAAUAAAAACAAUAAAAUUAGCAAUAAAAAAAAUAAAAAUAAAAAUUAGCAGAAAAUAAAUGCAGAAACAUAAAACAACAUUAUAAUAAUACCAAACAGUGCGGACACAAUCAAAUAAAAGCAAGAGUGAAGAAAUAGGUCUUAAGCUGUGUUUUAAAGUUAUCAACAGAGGUUGCCUGUCUUAUGUAAACUGGGAGUUUAUUCCAUGCUGUCGGCCCAUAGAAGCAGAAUGCUGCUUUUCCAUGUUUUUAUACACCAUUUUAGGUACUUCAAGCAGGUCAGCAGUGGAUGACCUGAGGGAGCGGUUUGGGACAUAUCUGGGUAGACAGUCAACUAGGUAGGAGGGUGCCAGACCAUUGAGAGCUUUAUAAACAAGUAAAAGAAUUUUAAAAUCAAUCCUAAAAACAACCGGAAGCCAAUGCAGUGACGCUAAAACUGGAGUAAUAUGUUCUCUCAUCUUGGUUUUAGUUAAGACUCUGGCUGCCGCAUUUUGAACAAGUUGUAACCUGUCUGUAGUUUUCUUUGGCAGGCCAAAGAGGAGUGCGUUACAGUAAUCAAGCCAGGAGAAAACGAAGGCAUGGAUCAAUGUUUUGGCAUUGUCGAGUGACAGAUAAGCUCUAAUGCAUGCAAUAUUUCUAAGAUGAAAAAAGGCAGUUUUGGUAACAUGACUAAUGUGUGUAUUGAAGUUUAGUUCUGAAUCAAUAAUAACCCCCAAGUUCUUUAAUGUAUUGUUACCUUUAUCAGUCAGGUCACCUAGUCUACUCGUUAUUGAUUCCCUCUGCUCAUUAGUACCACCAAUUGUGAGGAUUUCAGUUUUAUCCUCAUUUAGUUUUAAAAAAAUGUCAGUCAUCCAACAUUUGAUGCUAGCUAGACAGGACAGCAGGCAGUCUAAAGCACUUGGAUCAUCUGGUGCUACAGAGAGGUACAGCUGGGUAUCAUCAGCAUAAAAGUGGAAGUUCACACCAUGAUUACCGAUAAGUUCUCCCAGUGGCAAUAUAUACAAAGAAAACAAUAGUGGACCAAGGAUGACAAAUGUCAUACUUGUCUGAGUAAAAUUCAGCUAGGCUGACAGAAAAGCUUCUGCCUUUUAAGUAAGAGCGGAACCAGGACAGGGCCACACCUGAUACCCCAACCCAGUACUCCAGACAAUGUAAUAAAAUAUCAUGCUCGAUUGUGUCGAAUGCAGCCGUUAAGUCAAGUAGUAGGAGAACAGAUACAUUUUUCUUGUCAGAUGCCACCCUAAGGUCAUUGACCACCUUUAAAAGAGCCGUUUCCGUGCUGUGACCUUUUCCGAAGCCAGAAUGGAAUUUGUUAUGUCUAUUAUUAUUCUGUAGAAACACUUCCAAUUGUUUAAAAACAACUUUUUCUAAGAUUUUUCCCACAAUGGGAAGAUUGGAAAUGGGUUUAUAGUUACAUAGUAAAGAAGGAUCAAGGUUGUGUUUCUUGAGUAAGGGCCUAACUACCGCCCUUUUAAGGGAGUCGGGAAAGACACCAGAAUGUAGGGAGCAGUUUACAGUCUUUACGAUAUCACUAAUCGGGUGUGUUCGUUGAGCCAUGGUGUUGCUGCAGAGUUAUUUUUCUUUUUGAUUUUGUAGGGAGCCACUAUGUCUAGGGCCGACACUAAUUUGACAUCAAAAUGGUGAACCAGAUCAUUCACCGAGGAAGCAUCGGGCAGGGGAUUUGCACUUGCUAGAUGAAGGGGAAAGUCACUGGCUGCCGAUUGGGUGAAACAACGUUUUUUCAUAGUGUGUUCUGAGGACAGUCAUCAUGUUAAAACACAACACAAAGUGAUCUGAUAGUUCGGGUCUAUCAAUAAUCUUGUCAACAGUGAUAGUCAGACCUCUGGAUAUCACUAAGUCCAGAGUGUGGCCAAGCUUGUGUGUUGGCCCAACAAUGUGUUGAAUAAAAUCAAGGGAAUGCAACAAGUCAAUAAAACCCAUAGCCACAGUGCAUGAGGCAUUGUCGAUGUGCAGAUUGACGUCACCAGUUAUCAGAGUUUUGUUGUGGUUAGUAGCACAGAUUGAUAACAGUUCAGAUAUUUCUGUUAAAAACAAGGCUUUGCUGCACUUAGGGGGACGAUAAACACUAAUCAUUAGCACCAGAGAUUUAUUAUCCAGUAUGGUGGCCUGGUAUUCGAAGGAUGAAAAGCUACCAAGAGACAGAGAUUUAAACUUUAAAACGUUUGAGAAAAUAUUUGCUAGUCCAACGCCUCUUUUGCCCUUGCGUACUGAAUAGAUAAAGCUGUAAUCUGGAGGACAUGCUGGAGCAAGAAUGACAUUUCCACUGGAUUUAAGCCACGUUUCAGUUAGAAAAAGAAUAUCUAGAUUCUCUGAACAAAUCAAAUCAUUGACGGAAGAUGACUUUUCAGCAAGUGACCUGAUGUUAAACAGGCCCAGGUUUAGCUUAUGGCAUCUUAUGGAGCUGUUUUUGUAUGGGGAAUGUAUGUUAAAUUAGCUACAUUAGCAGACCUGGUGUGAUUCAAACCACUCCUUGUCCAGGACACUCUAUUUGAAAUAAUAGUUGGGAUAUUGCAUACUACAUAUGAUGUAGAUGGCGGAUUUAUAGAUAGUCACGGGAUGAAGGACCCAAAUGCAGAACACUACUACAAAAUAAAACAGUAAGUCAAAUAACCUGGACACAUGGGAAGAAGGGACUACAAAAUGGACCAGAAAAAACUUAAAACUCAUCACAAGACCAAACAGAGAAAACACAACAGGAAAAUAAGAAUAAUUGGCACAGAAUAAUAGGCAACAGAAAGACGAGGAACAAGUAUAUGAAAAAAACCCAUAACAAAACAAGGACAAACUAAAACAACAAGAAUCAAGUGUUCAUACCCCUCACCUUACUUUAGUGUUCCCGAUCAAAUUUGACCGGUCUAUUUUAACUGCUCUUAAAUUAACACAAAAGCUAUUACUCACCACCAAGUCUUUAUUUAACACUCUUUUCAGCUGUAAACAAUGUCUCUGAGUAUUAGUUAACAUGCAUAACUGCAGUAAAAAUACAGUUACUGAAAAUAUAUAAAAAAAUGAACAUGUAACGUAAAAAAGAAAUCAAAGACCAGAGACCAAACUCCUUAGCUCCUUGAUAGGCAUUUAGUAGUUGGAGAUUUUAAAGUAUUUGGAGGUGUUUAAGUUGUUUGAGAUAAAGGAGAUGUUUAAGUUGACAGAGUUGUUGGAGAUGAUAGUUUUGUUGGACUUGUUUGAGAUUUCAGAGUUUUUUUUAGAUGUUGAAUGUUGUUGGAGAUGUCGUGGUAAGCUGUGGGAGUUCUUGAAGAUGUUAGAGUUGUUGGAGAUGUCGGCGUUAAAUGAGAUGUGCAAAUUUUUCGAGGUAUUUGAGUUUUUGGAGUUGUUGGAGAUGUUGGGGUUGCUCCAGAUGUUGGAUUUUUUGGAGAAUUUGGAGUUAAAGCGUGGAUGGCUUUGAACUUUUUAAAUUUCAAUGAGAAAAAGACAUAAGUGAUGGUCUUUGGGCCCAGUGGCUCUUGUGAACCCCCUCCAGUUGAACUUGGACUGUUAAGAGAUGUUGGUGAUGUGGGAGCUGUUUGAGUUCUUUCAGUGGUUAAAGUUGUGAGAGUUCUUUGAGUUGUUGGAGAUUUUGAGUUUUCAGAGUUGUUGGAAGUGUGGGACUGGUGGAAAUUUUUUGUAGUUAUUAUGUGAAUUUGUUGCAGUACAGUGUGUUCUUUCUUUUCUCUUCUUUUCUAUAUUUUUCAGCACAGUACAUUUUUUGUGGUAUUUGAAGUUUUUAUUAGUACAGUGUGUUGAGUAUGAUUUUGCAGUACAGUGUUUUUUUGUAGUUUAGUGUAUUUUUUGCAGUAUGGUAUGUAUUUCAUGCAUUGUAUGUUGUAUUUUUUGUAGUAUAGAAUGUGCAGUAUGGUGACAUUUUUCACUGUGUACCUGUAAAGUACAUUAUUUACUUUUUGCAGUACAGUGUGUUUUCCUGCUGUGGAGGUAACUGUCGGUCAAGGCAGAUUACAACAAAUUAAAUCUGAUAAUCUUGUUAAACAGCAUUCAGCCUUCAUCAGCAGAUAAACUGUAGCAGUUACUGUAGGGCAGUCAUCCUCACCCUCAUCAUCAUUUUCACCCUCAUCAUUAUCAACCUUACCCUCAUCAUCAUCUUCACCCUUAUCAUUAUCAACCUUACCCUCAUCAUCAUCAAUCUUACUCUCAUCAUUACAUCAUCGUCAGACUCUCUGGUUUCCAUGGAAACACACCUGCUCUAAAUAUUUCAAUAAAAUCUUCAUAUUAUUAUUAUUAUUAUUAUUAUUAUUAUUAUUGUUAUUAUUGUUGUUGUUAUUAUUUUUUGUGUGUAAUUUUUAGCUUUUUUUCUCUUUAUCUCAUGAUUCAUUUCUGUCUGAUCUGAGGUGGUUCAGUCAGUUAAGUUAGUUUAGAUAAUAAUAUAGACAGUUUAGUAAAUUUAGUAAAUGUCAGUUUACUUAGUUUUGUUUAUCAGUAAGUAAAGUUAGUUUAAGUAUUAGUUAAUUAUUUAGUUCAGUCAGUUCGUUAGUUUAGUCAACCAGUAAGUUUAGUGAGUUAAGUUAAUUAGUGAUUUUAACUAGUUUAGAUAACCAGUCAGUUAAGUUAAAUACUCAGUUCAAUCAGUUUAGUUAGUUUAGUCCAUCAGUCAGUUUAGUAUGUGUGAUGUUUGUACCUAAUCUUUUGUGCACAAGGCUCACAUCGACGUGCUUCUCAAUAACCACAUUUAUUGUCCGACUGGCAUGCAAACAAAAAAACACUGUGUAACUGCCUUUUGAUGUAACGCUGUAUCCCCAGCAGAUGGCACUGUUCUGCCUUGGAUAUACUAAAUUCCUGUAAACAUUACAUUGCCCCCUUUUUUUCCCCCAAGAAAACAAUAACAACUGCAAGCAACAAUAACAAGCAAUAUCACACCACUACAGCAGCCAGCAACCUUUGUGAUGGCUGGUACAUGUUGUUGUGAGUCACUGAUAGUGGAAAACCGUCAAAGAUUAUGAGGGCGCCAUGGCCAUGUCUUUUGUCUUACUUGUGAUUUUUUUAAUAUAAACUUCCUCAAGGUCUCCCUGACAAACUGGAGGAGAAAUAACCUAAAAUCUGUAAAUGGUUUGCUUUAGAGACAGCCAGAAUCUACAACACAGCAACAUCCGUAAAGUGUGGCGAGGAAUCAGUACCAUAUCUAAUCUGAUUCGAUAUAUCUGAUUCUAAGCCUUCGGAGGUCUGAGGUCAAAGACAAACUGGACUCCCUGCAGUUUGAAUACAAAGAACAAAUUGGAGUGGAUGAUGCUGUCCUCUACAUGCUUCACUGUGCCCUGACUCAUCUGGAGGAUGUGUGGAUGGGUUAUGUGAGGAUCAUGUUCUUUGACUUUUCAAGUGCAUUCAACACCAUCCAACCCACCAUACUCAAAGACAAGCUCACAGAGAUGGGAGUGGAUCCUGCCUGUGUUUCCUGGAUCGCAGAUUGCCUGACAUAAAGAUCACAGUUUGUCAGGCUGUGGAACUGUGUUUCUGGGACAUUAAUGAGCAGUGCAGGGGCUCCACAAGGGACAGUGCUGGCGCCAUUCCUGUUCACACUGUACACGUCAGACUUCAAAUACAGCACUGAGUCCUGCCACAUCCAGAAAUACUCAGCUGACACUGCUAGCGUGGCACGUAUCAGAAAUGAACAAGAAGCUGAAUACAGAGAUCUGAUAAGAGCCUUCAGUGACUGGAGUCACAAAAACUGCCUCCUUCUCAACACCUCAAAGACAAAGGAGAUGGUCAUAGACUUCCGUAGAUCCAAACCCCCUCUUCAGCCAGUGAACACCUGUGUAGUGGACAUCGAGGUAGUGUCAUUGUAUGAAUAUCUAGGCGUACAUCUGGAUAAUAAGUUGGACUGGUCUAAGAAUAUAGACUUUAUCUACAGAAAGGGGCAGAGCCGCCUUUUUUGCCUGAGAAGACUCCGAUCAAUAGACAUUUAUAGUAAGAUGCUGCAGAUGUUUUAUCAGUCUGUGUUGUCUACAGUGUACUGCUCUAUGCUGCAGUCUGCUGGGAAAGAAGCAUCAAACACAAAGGUGCAAGACGUCUUAACAAACUGGUGAAAAAGGCUGGCUCUGUGGUUGGAUUCAAGCUGGAUUCAGUGGAGGAUGUGGUGGAGAGAUCUACGCUGAGAAAGGUGGAGACUAUUCUUAAGAACAUGGAUCACCCACUUCAUAACAACUUAAUGGACCAAAGGGCCAAUGGUGGUGGAUGGCUCCUCUCUCUUCGCUGCAGGACAGAAAGAUCCAGGAGAUCUUUUGUACCAACAGCCAUCAGACUUUAUAACUCUUGAGUAAAUAGUUUUUUGCUACAAUGCUAUUAGAGGCGGGGUACUGUCUGAGUUAGGCUUUAAUUUGGCAGGUACAGUAUAGUUCACAAGUCUGCAGCCUGGUGACCCACUGUAAAUGUAAACUUGAUUCGUCCCUUACGGGCAUCUUUAGAUUGACACCUGCAUUAACUCAAGUGCACAGGGACAUGUCACGGUUGGUAAUGCUGAAUGAAUGAGGAUAGGUUUCUAUUUAUUUAUUUAGUUGUUCCUGAAAGUGGGCAACAGAAUUUGCACAUGCACGCUAAAUUUUCAAAUCAACACCUCCAUGAUUGGAAAGGAGCAGCAAGAAGAAAAACAAUUCUUAUACGUGCCUAUCCCUUACUUGAACAAUAAAAAAAAAAAAGGUUGGUCUGACAUCACAACCAGUGGCGGUUCUAGACCAAAUUACUCCCCGGGCGAGCACCUCUCCGAGUGCCCCCCCCCCCCCCCACACACACACACACACACACACACACACACAAAAAGAAUUUUGAACAGAUAGUUUUGUAUUACUAUGUAGUAUUAUUAUUAUUAUAACAACAAAAAUAAAAUAUUUCUCAAUUGCAGAAAUCCUUCAAUAGAAAAAAACACAAUUCUGAGGGCCAUUUUCAGAAGGGCCCCCAGAUCCUGAGGUUUUCUGAAGUGUUAAGGUUUACAAAAAAGCUGCUAUCUCGGCCUCUGUAGUAGAUAGAAACAAAAUUCAAAAGGUAUUUGAGAGCUUAAACAUGUGGCUUUCAAGAAAGCUCUCUUUUAGUUUUGCGAACCUUCAUCACAUUUUGAAAACCUUGAACAAACAAACUCAAAUGAAAUAAAGCGGCUGUAUAAAUAAAAGUAAAGGCUCUGCACUGGAGAAUGACAAAUAAUUUGCUUUCUGUAAAACAAGUGGCAGUCAUGAUAAAGUGUCCAUUCAAUACAAAUGUAAAUAUAGAAAAUAAGGUGUUAAAAGGGUAUACAGCUGCCCCAGUAUAGUGCCAGUACAAAAGCAGAACUAAACACUAUAAAAUGAAUAAAUAAAUACGUGACUGACAGUGUGUUCAUCUCUGUUCUCACCCAAAGUCAUGCAACACUCAGAGAAAACGCUGAUAGUGUGAGCCAAAUCACUCCAUAUGAAGAGGUUGUUCACACUGCUGGAUGUUUCUCCUCUGAAGCUGCUCUCUGCCUCAGUCAUUGUUUACUUUACUCAUGAAGCUCAUCAAGCACGUAGCAAGAUCCGAGCAAGAACCCGAGCGCUUUAUUCGCCUAUCAAAGGCAGACGGGUACGGUAAUUUCAUUCACCACGACUCCAGAAAUGAUUAAAAAACUACAAAAUGACGUAUCCGCGCUCCCGCUGAUAUGCUGACAUGCGUACACAGAGCAGAGCUGUUCCCCCGCGACUCUCUCCCCGCCUCGUCUCCUACAGUCUGUCAGCCUCUGUGCAGCACCUUCGGAGCAAGCAGGGGCGCCUACAGCAACGGGGGGGCGCCAAUUUGACAACAAGAGUUAAUACAAAACCGCUUUGCGGUUAAGAUUUAUUAUUACUACCUUUUAUUUUAUUUUUUUGGAAGUGCUCGUGCCGCCCCCCAUGAGUCAUGACACAAAUGCCGCCCCGGGCGGCUGCCCUGUUCGCCCGUGCCUAGAACCGCUACUGAUCACAACAGAUGACAUUCAAUAGCCAACACCAACAACUCUUUGAUUAUAACAACAAAAAAAUUAAUCAAAACAAAUUCAAGAGAAUAAAUUAAAUAAAUAAAUAUCCCAUAAAAGUAUACUUUUACAGCUUAAAUCAAAUGAUCAUUAAUAUCCAGUUUAAGUUUCAAGUGCAUAUUGACAAUUUUUUUGCCUUUGUACGUUUUUUUUUUUUAAAUUGAUGAGUAUCUGUAGAGCCUUUCAGAUCUCGUAGUUGGGAAUUCCAUAUUUUCACACCAACAACCGAAAUACACAUUUGUUUUAAAGUAGUCCAAACAACUUGGCGCUUAAAAUCAUAUCUUCUUCUAUGACUUUCAUCUUGUGAAGUGAACACAAGUAGCUUUUGUAGAUUUUCUGGUAAAACUGUUUUUGGCUUUGAGCAUAAUUAGUAAUGUCUGGAGUUCUGUUUUCUCUGUUAGCUUCAAUAACCCUGUUUUAACAAAUAAACAACUCUCUAACUUUAACUUUGUGGAUAGUUCUGAUUGCUUUUUUCUGCAAUAUGAACAAAGGCAUUAUAAUACUCAUGUAUGUAUUGCCCCAUACUUCUGCACAAUAACUCAGAUAAGGCAGUAUAAGUGAACAGUACAAUGUUCUUAUUGUUUUGCAGUCCAAAACAUCCUUUACUUGGAUUUCCAUGUCAUAUUUUCAUCCACUGUGAUUCCAAAAAACUUAAACUCUGAUAUCCUCUCAAUAUUAACUCUAUCAAUGGACAUGAAAUCUCGUCUUUACUUCUUUUGGCAGAAAAACCAUGAACUUAGUUUUUGUCAGAUUAAUAGAUGCAACUUAUUUACACCAAACCAAAUUUUAAGUUUCAUCAUUUCACGGUCAAUGCUUUCAGAUAAUGUUUUUGAAUUAUAUCCUGAACAAAAGAAAUUAGUGUCAUCUGCAAACAAAAUGAACCGUAACAAAUUAAAAACAUCACAAAUAUCAUUGAUAUACAUAAUAAAAAGUUUCAGCCCCAAAACUGAACCUUGUGGGUCCCCACAUUUAAUUUUCAAACAUUCAGAUACAUUACCAGCGAAGAAAACAUAUUGUUUUCUAUUAUGUAAAUAGCUAGUUAACCAAUUAAGAACAAUUCCUCUCACACCAUAAGUUUUCAACUUAGCAAUUAAAAUGGAAUGAUGUAUUGCAUCAAAUACAUCAUUCCAAGUCACUGAAUACCCCUUUUGUAUAUUUCCUUUUGUCAAUUGCUGUUGUGAUUUUCUCUAUUAUUUCCAUUAUUGCCAGAGCAGUGGAGCGAUUUGUCGGAAAACCAUAUUGACUGUCCCUUUAUAUUUUAUUUUUUUCAAAGAAAUUAUGUAGUUUUUGAACAAACAACUUUUUGAGCACUUUAGAAAAUUGGGGAAGUAAUGAUACUUAUCUAUAAUUAUUAAAGCUGUGUUUGUCUCCUGCCUUGAAAAGUGGAAUGACCUUUGUUGUUUUCAUCCUAUCUGGAAAAACGCCUGUUUUAAAUGAUUAUAAAUAUAACAUAAUGGUUUUAAAAUACAGUCAAUGGUCUUUUUACUACCUUCAUGUCUAUUCCUUCAUUUGAUGUCUUAUUUUUUGUUUUACCAACAAGCAAAGAGUUUGUCUCUCAUUUACCUCACCAAGAAACAUUAACUGCAUCACUUUAUUUUCCCCUUUCCAGCCACUUUCUGUUUGCCCAUGUUUUUUUGUGAUGUCCUUUGCCAAUCUAGGCCUAACAUUUACAAAAAAAGGAUUAAAUUCAUUAGCCACUUAAUUCAAGCUUUAAUCACCUUAUUGUACUUAAAGGUCCCAUGGCAUGCCAAUUUCACACAACUUAAAAUAGUCCCCUGGUGUGUUAAAAGCAUGUCUGUGACGUCCUUCGGUCAAAAUUCGAUUUGGAUCAAUUAUUUUAGUGCUCUUUUUAUCAGCUAAAAACAGCUCUGCUCAAAAUCCUCCGUUUUGGGCCAUGUCUCUUUAAUGAAAUGAGCUGCACCUAAGCCACGUCCACUUUACACCCAUCUCUCUGGAAGGGGCUGUGGCUGUGCUCCGAUAGCCAUGUGCUAAUGUUUACACUGGCUCGGUCAUGGCUGCAAGAAGAUCGCUCGUACAACCCUACCAGUUUGAGCCAGAGUCUGACCCAGAGGGAGAGGCUCCGGAAGAAACUCUUAGCCGCGUUCAGACCAAACGCGACUUGAAGCGACCUAGUUGACACAUCCUAUGUAUUAUUCAAAGCCGCCAGGAAGGUCACGCUUAAGGAGGAAUUUAUGAAUGUAGAAAAAAUUGCAACCAGAGCUCUGCUACAAUGUAAGAUUUCGGUGCUCUAAAACUUCUCUGAAGCCUUUGCUAAUUAAUAGGAUGGCCGACCGUUCAGCAUUAGCCGGGACAUCCCGUAUUUGAGCCAAAAGAACUGCGUCGCCACACGGGUAAAUGCUAAAGCUACAUGCUGCUCCAGAGGGGGAUUUGGAGUUGUCAGGGAAGAAGUGAGCAGCUAAAAUACGGGAGGAUCCGGUAAACCGGCGCGGAUCCAGUGUGUUUAUCAAAGCGUGGUGGCCGUGCUGAGGCACCGGGGGGAAUUUAGGCUAAACAGUAAGUAAAAAUAAAACGUUCAUACUUACAGAUGCCACGUUUGUAGUAGGAUCACGGAUAGUUGGUACGGAUCCAUUCUUUAUCUUCAGACAUCUAGCAAAUCCAGCGUUGAACUGUCCUUCGUUGAUAAAACAGUCCGAAGUGAAAUGGUGCGCACAUACGUACAGAUAUGUUGGAAGUGCCGUGGGUACAUUCCCAUUAUACAUAAAAUCCACCCAUUGAGUCCUCAAAUCCUCCGACCAGGGAGUUUUUAAAAGAGUUUUGUGCUCGUUUGUGCAGCCAACAACAGAGCAAACGCUGCCUCUUUUUCAGAUUGUACUUUCGCCAUGGUUCUAACCGGAGCUAUGCGAGCGAGCGGCCGGGAUUAAUGGCGCUGUUUUAAAAAUUAAGUGGGCAGGGCAGUGGGCGGCUCCAUGGGCAGUACCAUCAACCCGCCAGCACUGACAUGACGUCAUGUCAGUGGAGUUUUUAGAACGGCCGGCUCUGAGCACACAGUUCCUAAAUACGGAGACAACUAAAAAACAACUGGAUGUAAUUUUUUCAAACUUGGGGGGAUUGUAGUGGUUUUCUAUCCCUGAUAUGCACCCCCCUCCCGUUAACAAAGUCAGUUUUUCAUGCCAUGGCCCCUUUAAUGAAAUGAUUGGGUAAAUCUGUAGUUCUAAAUGUAGUACUUAUUACACUGUUCAGAAUAUUACACGUACCCUUAAUGUUUUUAUUUUCUUGUAGAAUUGUAUUGUAAUGUUUCUUCUUUGCCUGUCUCAGUAUAUUGGUUAGUUUAUUUUUGUACAUCUUGUAUAUUUUUUUCAGCGGUCUCUGUUCUGGCUUUUAUGAAGUCUCUAUAGAAAUUAUUUUUCUUUUUACAUGCAUUUUGUAAGCUCUUAGUUAUCCAAGGUUUUUUUGUCAUAAUAGGUUUUAUGCUUACAUAAAACUAUUGGACAGUGUUUAUCAUAAAGAGCUAAAUAACCGUUUUAAAAGGAAUAAUAUGCAGCAUUUACUUCAUCUGUGUAAACCCCAUUUCACUCCUGUUUUAAGAGAUCAUCUCUAAAGGCGUUUAGCCGGUCAUCUGUCCUUAAGCCUUUAUAUCUGCAAUACUCCUCUUUAUUAUUUUGCUGUAGUUCAUAAUUAAAUGUUGCAAACACAGGUAGAUGGUCACUAAUGUCAUUUACAGUUGAAACCAGAAGUUUACAUACACUAUAUAAAAAGGCACAUAACCUUUUUUUUUCCUCACUGUCUAACAUUAAAUCAGAUUAAACUUUUCCUAUUUUUGGUCAAUUAGGAUCACCAAAAUUAUUUUAAAUGCUAAAUGCCAAAAUAAUGGGAGAGAGAAUUUUUUAGACAAUUUUUAUUACUUUCUUAAGAGUCAAAAGUUUACAUACAUUUAAUUAGUAUUUGGUAGCUGCCUUGUCCAUGAGCUUGGUGUAGUCUUAGGGUAGGGUAUCUUACCCUGUGCAGAAAAGAUAUAUCCAAAGAACUCAAGCCUGGACUAAUUAAACUCACACUUUUCACAAUUAAGCGUGAUACUGCUUUCUUUUGGCAUCUGGAUUAGUGGCGUCUGAGGUGGCUCUCAUGUUCAGCCUGGGUGGCACCAUAAACAGUGAUGUCAUCCAUGAGGUUCUUCACACCAGAGAGGCCUUGCAGUGUUUUGUGGUUGACAUUUUGAAACACCUCAGCAGUUGAAGAUACACCAAAUCUUAGCCUUUUGUAGCGUCGUAAUCCAACGUGAGUGGAGAAUGCAGUUAUGUACCUGCUGUCUGGAUGGAGCUCCAGCUGAUGGUAUCCAACUCUCAAAACCAGUUUAGAAAAAACACAGUCGCUCCAUGUAAGUCAUGUAUCACAUCAUCUAUGGUUGGAGUGAUGUGACGUUCCUUUCCAAUGGCUGUGUUAGCUUGCCUCAUGUUGACUACCACGAAAAACAAAGACUGAGAGAUCACGCUUGAAAAGUUGCUCCGCCAAAUCCUCUACCAAAAUACAGCUAACAAUAUAACUUUACUUGGAGUCAAUAUCCUGACUCCAAGAUGACUUGCAACUAAAACAACACACCGUGACUCUUUUCAGCCAAAAUAUCAAUGCCUAAUCGACUUCGAAAGACCCAGUGUCUCAAAGAUUUGUAUCAGCCCCAGCCAGCUAAGGCUUGCAAGAGCAUGGACGCCUUCAUAAACCGUCAGCCAGACGAUCCAGUUACCUCACAAUGUUCAGCCGGUGGUGAGCCCACAAUGAGUUUUCUGGCAUCUGAAAUAAAAGCAAUUUGAGUAUCUACACAGAAUAUUGAACAAGACACAAAAGAAAUAAAAGCCACUGAGGAGGACAUCGAAGAUAGAAUUAGCACGCUAUAUUGAGGUUCUCCAAACUGAAACACAAAAAUUUUAAGACCACAUCGAUGACCUCGAUAAUAGAGGGACACACUGCUACAUCAAAAUCUUGGGCAUCUCAGAGGCAAAAAAAAAGGAGAGGAUAUGAUUCAGUUCUACAAUGCACAAUACCAGCCAUGCUGGAGCAUGAUUUUGUGCCUCCACUGGAGAUUCAGCAUGCCCACAGGGUGCCCAUUGGACCACUGGAGAGCAACUGGAGAGAAGAGGAUAGACCACGGCCAGAUACUCCGCGCAGCGAGGAAGAAGGGACAAAUCGUUUGUCAAGAAGCCAAAAUAAUGUUUUUCCCGGAUUACUCCAAGCAAGUGAUGGAUUGGAGGUUCUCCCUUAAACAAGUUAAAUCUGACCUGAAGAAAAACGGAGUGGAGUUGACGCUCCUCUACCCUGCCAUCCUGGAGAUAAAACACAACGUACUGCACCAUCGAUUUAACUCGCCCAAGGAAGCAUCACAAUUCAUCAAGAGAUUCAUUAAAGAGAACUGACCAGCUACAGUUACCGCAAGUAAUUUGUGUUUAAACUUUAGAACAAGCUGCUGAUCAUGCACAUAAUGAUAAGUAUCUCCAAUAGAGGGGGGCAUUGGCCGCAGUUUCAUGUUUUAUAUCCCUUACGAAUAUUUAGGAGAGUGCCUCAAUGUUAAAAAUGUCUGGUUGGUGGUGAUUUGAGAUUCUCUCAGGUCUUCGACUAACUAUGGUUAGGCUUUCUUCUGAGUUUUGUUGUCCCAGCCAAUUUGUUCUUGCUGGGUUGUAUAUAGUUUGUUUACUGUUCCCCAGAUCUCUUAUCGUUUGAGGACAUUUUUACCACUCUGGAUCACUUCCCUGAUAAUGCAAAGAUAUAGUCCACCCAGGAUAAAUGACCCCUUAGCUAUAUUACGACUAAUAUGGCAGAUUAAAAAUUAGUCAGCUGUAACCAUAAGAAAAAAAAAAAGACAUAUUUAAAAUCUUCCAAAGUUGACAUAGCCUUUGUUCAGGAAACCCAUUUACUUCACUUCACUUCAACUUUAUUAUGUCCCAAAACGGGCAAAUCGGGUUGCAGCAGGCACAGGCAUUGAACACUGCCAUACAUCAUGAAAGAAAAUAAAAGAAAAUACAUUUACAUAAAAAGCAAUUCAGGAGGCAAAAAGCAUUAAAGACGAUUUAGAAGGUAAAAAAGCAUAUGUCAGUCAUACCAGUAUUUUUGCAUGAGCAGAGUGCAUUAAGUGCAGAAACCUUCCAAGAUCAACAAGAUCAGGCCCAUCAGACCUAGAGCUGAUACCCCUACUCUGUACAGCAAGACCACAAUAAUUCAGUACUAUACAAAAUAAUGAUAAUAAUAAUAAUAAUAAUAAUAAUAAUAAUAAUAAUAAUAAUAAUAAUAUACACCAUCCAAUAUCGGUAGCAGUUAUCUCCUCCUGCAGGAAUCAUUUAGGGCUCUGAUAGAGCCUCGGAUGAAGGAACAACAUUUAAACAAAAAUGAAUCAUUAAAACUUCAAUGCUCCUGGGUAGGGAAAAGAUUCUCCAGUCCAGGAAAAGGCAAAAGUAGAGGGAUCUCUAUUUUGAUCCAUAAGACAGUACAUUUCAAUGAAACAGAAGUAAUAUCCGAUUGGGACAGCAGGUAUGUAAUCGUACUUGGGCAACUUUUUGAAACUCCUAUAGCACUUUGUUCAGAUUCCUUUAUUAACCAUUGUGUAAAACACAUAGGAAUUUGCUUUGGCAAUAGCAUGAGUGUGUUCGGAUGUUUUUUCACAGAUAACAUAAAACACAAACAACACAGUGCAGAAAAAUAGAUAAAUAUAAAGUGAAGUAGGAUCAAUAGUGCAAAUGUUGUUGAGUCAUUAUAGUUUCAGAGUUUCAGAGUCAUUUCAAGUGUCAAAGUCCCUAGUGGGCGGGGAGAGGAGGGAAGCCAGACUCAUUGAGCAGCCUGGCAGCAGAGGGGAAAAAACUGAGUCUAUGGCAUGCUGUGGUGGCCUUCAGCAGCCGCAUCCUUCUCCCAGAGGGGAGCAGGGAGAGGAGACUGUGGCCAGGGUGGGAGGGGUCGGCCAUGAUUUUUCUUGCCCUCCUCAGCGCCCUGGAGUUGUGCAGGAACUUGAGGGAGGGCAGCAGGCGGCCAAUCACCCUCUCCGCUGAACGAGUCACCCUCUGCAGCUUGAUAAGGUCUUUAGCAGCUGCAGCGGGGAACCAGGUGAUGAUGGAGUGGAUGAGGAUGAACUCAAUGAUGGCCGUGUAAAACUGAGUCAUCAUGGUCCUUGAUAGUCUGUACUUCCUCAGCUGCCUUAGGAAAAACAGUCUGUGCUGGGCCUUUUUCAAAAGGGACAUGAUGUUCAUUUCCCACUUCGGGUCCCGGGAGAUGGUGACGCCCAGGAGCUUAAAGGACUCCACAGAGUUUACCAGGGUGCCUCCCAGCGUGAUGGGAGGGGGAGUGGCUGUGUUCUUGUGGAAAUUCACCACCAUCUCCACUAUCUUUUGGGGAUUAAGGUCCAGGUUGUUGCUACUGCACCAACUGCGCAGCCGCUCGAUCUCCCUCCUGUUGGCCGACUCGUCCCCCUUGGAGAUGAGGCCCACCAAGGUAGUGUCGUCGGCAAACUUGAGGAGCUUGACCGACGGGUGGAGAGAGACACAGGUGUAGGUGUAGAGGGAGGAGCGGGGACAGGACACAGCCCUGCGGGGAACCGGUGCUGGUGGACCUGGAGCUGGAAAUGCUUUUCCCCAGCUUCACCCACUGAGACCUGUUGGUCAAAAAGUCUGUAAUCCACUUGCAGGUGGAGGCAGGCACUUGCAGCAGGGACAGCUGGUGCUCCAGUAUGGAUGGUAGGAUGGUGUUGAAGGCCGAACUGAAGUCGACGAACAGGAUCCUGGCAUAGUUGCCGGCAGUGUCCAGAUGGUUUAAGAUGAAGUGCAGAGCCAUGUUCACGGUGUCCUCCGUGGAUCUAUUGGCUCUGUACGCAAACUGCAACGGGUCCAGCACAGGAUCAGUGAUGCGCUUCAGGUGAGCCAGGACAAGGCGCUCCAUGACCUUCAUGACCACAGAGGUCAUGGCAAUUUCUCAUUCAUAAUUUAAAAAGAAAUCAGUAAAUGAGAAAACAGCUGAAUUAGAAAACCAACUAAAAAUUCAGGAAAACUUGCAUGCCCUAACUAAAGACAGGACUACUCUUAACAAAAUAUAAGCCACUAAAGACUGAGACUGCAAUUAAAGAUAUGACACAUGGGUUCUGAAAUAUAUUCUGCCAUAAUUUUUAUCAGUCUGCCGUCAAUGUUAUCAAGACCAAAUUGUGUUAUUUUUUUACUGACAUCAAAAGCUGUUUUACCUCUUCAACUGAUACAAGUUUCAGUGAGAAUGUACAUUUUUUAUUAUUCAUAAUGUUAUCUGUGAUUAAAUAGGCAGAGUUUCUCAUGUCAUCAGUAGUACAGCUCAUCUUACUCCUUAGAUUUGACACCUUGUCAGCGAAAUAUGUGUUGAAGUAGUCAGCAAUUUCUGAAGGUUUUGUCAAAUGUACACCAUCAGCCUCAACAAGUGAGGGGAAACCAUUACUGCACCUGUCAAGUAUAGUAUUACAAGUUGCCCAUAGUUUCUCCCCAUUGUGCUUGUGUUCAGAUAGUUUUUCCUGAAAAUAUGCCUUUUUUUUUUAUCUAUUCAUUUUAGUAACACUGUUUCUUAAUUUCUUAUACUUUAUCCAGUCCAUAGGGUCAUUUGAUCUGGCAGCUGCUAAUUUAGUAUUAUCUCUGUCAGACAUUGUGCCUCUCAAUUCAUCGUCAAUCCAAGGAGCAGAGUUGCCUCUUACAGUGAACUUUCUAAGCGGCGCAUGCUUGUCAGUUACUUUCAGUACCAUGUCUGUGAAGAGCUCAAGAGCAACGUCAGUCUCCUGUAUGGUACAUAUCCUAUGCCAGCUCAACUCCUAUAUUUCUUUUACAAAAUUCUCCUCAUUGAAAGAUCUAUAUAUUCUCUGAAAUAGAAUUUUGGGUCCAGCUUUAGACAUUUUAGUUUUCUUCACAGUGACUACAAUAUUAUGGUCACUAAAUCCUACGGGGAUAGAAUAGGCCUUGGAGUAAAGUUCACUGGCGUUGGUAUAAAUAUGGUCAAUACAUGUAGAAGAGACAGUCCCAGUGAUGUUACAGGAAAUUCUUGUUGGCAGAUUGACAAUCUGAGUCACAUUACAUACAUUCGCAGUGACAAGUAGCCCAUUUUUUAAAGUGCAGGUCUUAGAUUUCCAGUCAAUAUUUAGAUCACCUAGGAAAUAUGUCUCCUUGUUCUCAUCUACUGCCCUCUGUAGCAUGUCACAAAUAUUGUCAACAUAUUGAGCAUUAGAGCUUGGUGGCCUGUAGCAACAGCCAACAAGCAAUGGUUUAACAUUAGGUAAGUGUAUUUGUAACCAUAUGGAUUCUACAGGUAUGUGUAUGAGAUCAUCUCUUGUUUUAAUAGGUAUAUGAUAGAAUAUAUGAUGAAUAUAGAUGGCAACUCCACCUCCUCUGCGAUCUCUGUCACAUCUGAAUAUGCUAUGCCCAGGAAUGUCUAUCUCAGAGUCAAUAACUGAGGCAUCUAAAUGUGUUUCAGAAACAAAUCUUUUGAACGAAUUUUUUCAGUGAACUGAUUCUAGUGAUUCAGUAAAAGAACUGCCGUGCCCAUCACCUCAAGCUAGAUCAAUAUUACAUGGGGCCCUUUCACUGCUUGGCUUCCAGUAUCUGUAACUUAAAAGGUCAAUCCAAUAAUCAGAUCCAUUUUAAUAUUGACAGAUGUAGCCAACUUGGGGAACAGUGUGUGCACUUUUAAUUACUGUAUUCUGUUCAUUUUCUGUUUUGUUUAUCCAUGUUUGUUUCUCUCACAUUGUAUGUUAAGCACAAAACUCUGAGUUCAUUAUUAUUUUCAUUAUUAUUAUUAUUAUUUUCUUUUCCUUUUUCCAUUGUAAUUCUAUACUGAAAACUAAUAAAAAUGUUGAAUAUUAAUAGAAACAAAGACUGAGGCUGACUGGCUUCACUUUCGUCAACUUUGUAAUAUGUUUACUCCUUAGCCAAACUGGAGAACUGGAGUGUGUGUGUAUAUAUUUGUACAUUUGUGUGUUUUAUCUGUCUGAAACCUCUAAAAACCCACCACAUUGGUGGUGAACCCGCCACAUUUUUGGUUUGUGAGUCCAGUGUACUGACUAAAAAGUCUGAAAUGAUAAAUUAUUUUAAUUAACAUUUUAUCUCAGUAGGCCCCUUAUUUGAAUCAUUGAGCCCUGAUCAAACAAAGUCUGUUUCUCAUGGCGAUACAGGGCUUGUCAACGGACAUAAUGAUUGUACUCUUAAUUUUUUACAUGUAUCUGCCUCUGAUGUUGGGAGAGCACUCAAAAAUCUGGAUUCCAGAAAAGCUGCAUGUCCUGAUAAACUUGAUCCAUUCUUUCUUAAGCUGGUGUCCACUUUUAUUGCUGAGCCCCUUUCUUACAUUUUUAAUCAAAGGUGGGGUAGGCAGGAUCUGAGUAAGUGCCAGUUUUUGGGAGAAAUCUUGAAUGUAAACACUACCAGUAAACACAAUGAUUGCAGGACUUCUACAACUAGAAUAAAGUGACAUACUCUGCGCUACAACACGCAGCACUUAUGUUACAGAUACGUGGCUUACUUUGUUAAAGUGGUUUACCUGUCCAGCAGAAAGGUUACAGGGUCCAUAAGAUCUUGAAGCGUCCCUGUUUAUGCUGCAUUGAUGUUGACCCGGCUUUUUAGCUCUUGUCUGGUCUACCUCCGUUUUUAAGCGCCCGUUAUUCCACCAGAGUCUCCAGUAUUUACUUUGUUUCCUUGCUUGUAUUGGCAGUCGUGGCCUAAGGAGGAUUCGGACAAUUUUCUGUACUUUCUGGUUGGUUUUUACUGUCUGAUAUUGUGGCACGCUCAUUUUGUUUGGGCCUCCAUACAUCGGAGGACAUGGAGCGUGCCUCACAACAGGGGGGAGCAGCAUCUUGCCUCACAACCAAUCAGCACUAAGAAGCAGCGUCCGCCUCACAGCUAAUCAGGUUGGGGGAGGCGGAGAAUGGCUUUGUUUACAGUCAGAAAGAGCAGGACGCUUAAAAUUUUUUAAAUGUUGACCACACAGACUUAACAAAACACAGCGAUAUUGUUAUAUUACCAAAUGUCAUCAAUAGCUAAUAGCUAUUGACUGAUAUUAAAACUCUUUUUGUACAUACACCACAAAAAAAGAUGCUUCUUUAACAGAAUCCUGCCUACCCCACCUUUAAGUCUCACGUAUAACAAAAUACCCAAAAUUUGGAAGUCUGCCUUUGUACUGCCCCUCUUAAAAGGAGGUGAACCAUCUGAAGUCAACAAUUAUCUGUCAAUCUGGUUUUAGAAAAAGGCACAGCACUGUCACAGCUGCUCUUAAAGUUUUUAAUGAUUUUGUCCAGGCCCUGAACAAUAAAAAACACUGUGUGGCUCUUUUUCUCGACCUAUCAAAGGCAUUUGACACUGUAGACCAUAGUCUGCUUUUAAGUGUACUUCGGCAUAUUGGCCCAUCAAACCAAGCAGCAUUGUGGUUUGUAGACUACCUGGACAGCAGGUCACAAUGCGUCCAGAUGGCUGGUUCUACUACCUUUUUGGAGGUUUCUGAAGGUGUACCUCAAGGUUCGAUCUUGGAACCUAAUUUAUUCUCUAUCUAUAUUGAUAGCGUGUGUAAUGACUUGUCAAAUGCCUCUUUCAUUUUUAUGCAGAUGACACUGUUGUUCAUUUUUUAUUGUUGUUCAACAUUAAUUAUCCAGGCCUUUGAGUUUUUACAGUCUGCUUUUGAUGUUGUUCAAUCUCGACUGCAGAAACUCAAGUUGGUCUUGAACACAAAUAAAACCAAAGUCAAGGUAUUUUCGAGCAAGAGUGAGUUACCUGGGAACAUUCCCUCUAUCUUAAAUUUAUAAGUUUCUUCUUGGCUUAUCUCUUUCCUAUUUAUGUGCCCUUAAUCAAAGAACUGAAAGCCACUACACCCUGCGCUCAAACAAUGCUCUCCAUUUGAUUGUUCCGCAAGUCAGGACUGAACUGGGCAAAAAAGUGUUUAGCGUUCAGCUGCCACUAAAGGUUGAAUAAAAAAUGUGUUAUAACUGUUAACAACAGUUGCAUUACAUUAUCUAUGUGGGCAUUGUCAGUGAGUUGUUAACAGUUAUAACACAUUAUAAUACCUGACCUUGUAAGUCACGAUAAAAUGCUUUAUAAUGUGUUAUGAUUAUUGCUAUAAUGCUGAUCAUUUAAGUGUGUUUAAAACUAUAGUCAUACAGUGCUAUAACAUGAUUAUAACACAUUUUACAUAUGUUUGUAAUGCAUUAUAGAGAUAGGCGUCAAAUAAAAGUGUUACAGAAAUUUCAAUAAAAUAUUGGAAUAAUAAUCAUAUUUAGCCAUGGUGAUGUGCCACAAUCAAUUACAUGUAGGGGAAACCCUGUGUCAUGUACCUGUCUCCUACUAUGUGUAAUAGCAGUGCUUUAAGUCUAGCAUAUCCAGUUAUGGUCAUUGCAGUGGUGUAAUUCUCGAACCUUUGCAUAUAUUUCUUUCAGCAAGGGUCGCCAGAGCUAGGGUCAGUUUCUAUAUCAAAAGGUGGAAGGGCAGCGGUAUUUACUGCCACACUGGCUCUGGUGUUGAUCUUCACAUGGGGGUCAUUCCUAUGUUCCCACAUUUCUAACAUUUUGUAUUUCACUGAAAAUUAGGCCCCGUGUGCCCACAGCCCUAAUUCAUUUAUUUUGCACACCACACAUAUUACUCGGUGACAAUAUGUAGAUCGUACUGGAUACUUAGGGGGUAUAAGUUACACUGUGGAUAUAUUAGAUUAUGCUUUAGAUUUUAUUGUCCUUUACAAGGAUAAUUGUAACCACAUUUAUUGUCUAACUGGCAUGCAUACAAAAAAGCGCUAACUGCCUUCUGAUGUUAUUCUGUAUCCCUGGUAGAUGAAACUACAUUCCUGUAAACAUCACAGUCAGUUUAGUAAAUCAGUCAGUUUAGUUAGUUUAGUAAAUUCGUAAGGCAGUUAGUUAGCAGGACGGUAUGAACACGAGGCCUUUUUACUUUAAAUUUAGCUUCUGUUCUGUAAUCCUGGACUGAUGGGUGUGGAGGUUCAGGGUGAAAGGACUCUGAGAUCAGCCAUCUGUGUAGCAGUAAAGUGAAUUUAACAAUUAUCUGCUGCUGUGAAUCUGAACUCAAAGGAUGUCACUGAAUCUGAGGCCGAAUGCUGAAGUUUGAUUUAGAUUUAUGCCUCAGAGUUGGUGUAUCUGAGAGCUUGUUAUUUAGUGAAUCAGAGCAGAUCCAUGUGAAACCAAACCAGUGAAACCCAACCAGGAGGACAGGAGCACAAAGAGCGGCUCUCAGUGUGUCUCUCAGGGGUGGCUGGAAACCUGCUGGCUGAUUGUUUCUGCUCUGUCUCAGGUUUCAAGACUCUGCUCAAAGGCAUCUCUGGGAAGUUCACCAGUGGGAACCUUGUGGCCAUCAUGGGGCCCUCAGGAGCCGGGAAAUCCACGCUGAUGAACAUCCUAGCUGGGUACAGGUUGGUACUGACCUGCUGAGUGUGACUGCACAGGAAUCAGAGUGGAUGAUUUAUGAGAACUGAUUUUAAAGUCCCAUUUUAGAUCAAAGUUAAUCCUGCUGUGGCAUUGUGUCAGGAGUGAAGUGAAAUCAUUAAAACAGACCCAGCUCUGAACUUCAGUUUAACUGUGUGUGUGUGUGUGUGUGUGUGCGCGUGCGUGCGUGCGUGUGUGCGUGCGUGUGUGUGUGUGCACGCACGUGUGCAGGGAGACAGGUAUGAAGGGGGAGAUCCUCAUCAACAGUCAGCCCAGAGACUUGCGCUCCUUCAGGAAGGUUUCCUGUUACAUCAUGCAGGAUGACAUGUUGCUGCCACACCUCACAGUGCAGGAGGCCAUGAUGGUACACACUUGUCCUUUUUCUCCUCCCCCUCCUCUUCUUCUAAUUUGUUGUAUUUUAUCCUAUAACACAUGCUGUUAUGUCCUGUGUCCUCUCUGUGUUAUGCUGGUGGUAAAACCAGAUUUCAUGUAUUAUUAUCACACACAAACGAAAAAGUAAUUAUGAAUAUUUUAUGAGCCUGUUCACAGCUCAGGUCAUCUGGCCUAAAAGACUCUGACACCUGGUUCUGGUCUCUACAGAUCUCAGCCAACCUGAAGCUGCAAGAGAAAGAGGCUGCUCGCAGAGACAUGGUGAGUCCUGACCCCUGAGGUUCAAACUUUACUUUGGGAAUCUGUGUGAAUACAUUUAAGAAUCUGUGUGUGUGUGUGUGUGUGUACAGUACAGUUUGGACACACCUUCUUAUUCAAUGUCUUUUAUUUAUUUUUUUUAUAUGACUAUCUACAUUGUAGAUUAUCACUGAAGGCAUCAAAACUAUGAAUGAACACGUGGAAUUUUGUACUUAAAAUAACUGUGUGAAAUAACUGAAAACAUGUUUAUAUUCUAGUUUCUUUAAAGUAGCCACCCUUUGCUCUUGAUGACAGAAGUACUUAGUCACAAAGUAACCCUGACAAGGCACACCUGUUAAGUAAAAACCAUUUCAGGUGACUUCCUCAUGAAGCUCUUUGAGAGAACAGCAACAGUUUGCAGCGCUAUCAAAAAAGCAAAGGGUAGCUACUUUAAGGAAUCUAAAAUAUAAAACAUGUUUUCAGUUAUUUCACACUUUUUUCUUAUGCACACGAUUCCACGUGUUCAUUCAUAGUUUUGAUGCCCUCAGUGAAAAUCUGCAAUUUAAAUAGUAAUGAGAAUAAAGAAAAUGCAUUAAAUGAGAAGGUGCUUCCAAACUUUUGGCCUGUACUAUAUAUAUAUAUAUAUAUAUAUAUGUGUGUGUGUGUGUGUGUGUGUGUGUGUGUAUUUGUACAUUUGUGUGUUUGUGGAUAUACAUAUAUAUUUUUGAAAUAGAUUUUAUUGAUUUUUUCCAAGAUCAUAAACAACAAACAAGUGCUCUGAAUUCACAUUGAUAUCAAAAUACAAAAGAAAAUGUAGCAUCAUCUAAAAUAAAAUGGCUUCACGUGACUUAAGACUGUCCCCAACCAGAAACCCAGUCCCUUAGCUGCCCACAUCCGCUGCGCCAGUCACCAUACACAAGUACUGUGCCAUCUCCCAACCAUGUACAGUAGAAGAAAUAUAAAAGUAGACUGGUAAAUAAAAAUAAUACAAUAAAAAAACAUACAUAUGUAAGUAUAAAGAUACAUAAAUUGAAUAAUAAAAUUUAAACAAAGAGGGGUGAGGUCUAAAGACAGGUGAUAGCAAAAAAUAGGCACAUUACAUGCUGACAGAUCUUUUAGUGGGAGUAUUCCAGUCUGGGGCAUAUUUCCCCUUUUUUUACAGUGUCCUGAAGGGACGGGGGUAAGUACCUGGAGAAGUACCUACGGAGUACCUACAGAAAGGCUGACCAUGUUCUCUCAAACAAACUAUCAUCCCCUUUCAUUUGUGCAGUAAGUCUUUCUAAGGGUAAAAAUUUUAUAUGUUUUUUGGUACCACUGUGUAACAGUGGAAGGUUGAUCACUUAUCCACUGCUUUAAAAUACAUCUCCUUGCCAGAAACAGAAGUUUGUCACAAAGUCUGAAAUCACUUUAAGUGAAAAAAUUUUACCCAAUUCCUGGGCUACAGUGCGACAAAACCUCGAAAUCAAACAACACUCCCAAAAACAGUGAAUGUAUGUCCCUAUCAUCUGUUUACAUUUAAUGCAAAGAGGAGAGGUCUGGUUGUCCAUCUUACUGAAAAGAGAUGGUGUUAUGUGGGAUCUAUGGUGUAUCUUAAAUUGAGUUUCUCUCAUUUGGUUCCAGAUAAAUGUGGUUUUGGCAGAGGCUAUUGCUUCAUGCCACUCAUCUUUGAUAUAUUGCCCACCAAGAUCGUGUUCCCACUUCUGUAUAACCUUGCUGAUAUCUGAUGGAUCUAUGGAGUAAAACAGUGAAUAAGAAUGAGAAAGAAAAUGUCUUUCCUUUCAGUUCAACAAAAAUGAAUCUAUAUCACUUGAAAUGGGGGUGUUUGUGGGGAGAUUUUUCACCUUUGACAGAAUAAGAUUAUGGACUUGAAGGUACCCAAAAAAGUGUUCAGAUGCAUAUUUAUAUUGAAGCUGUGUAUUAUAAGCUGUGUAAUAUAAGUGUAUUACCCUGGUAUACAUCCCGAAGAAGUCUGAUGCCUUUCACAUGCCAUCUAUCAGCAAUACUAUUUUUGACUCCCGGGGCAAACUCUUCAUUCUUAGUCAGAGGUAUUUCUGCAAAAGAUGAAAUAUUUUACCCAAGAUAUUUUGUUAUGUCUCGCCAAAUUCUGAUAGUGUUGUAGAUAAUAGGGUUAUGAUGGAUGUCCAAAGAUCUCUUUUUUCCAUAGUUAGUUUACUCAGCAAGGAGUAGGGAGAGGGGAACCACUCAUCAACAUCUGUUUCAGAUUUUAAAUCAGACUGUAGCCAGUCCCAGAUUAUUUGGGUGUGGCAGGCCCAGUUAUAAAAUCUCAAAUUAGGUAGGGCUAAACCUCUUCGUUCCCAAGGCAGCUGUAAGGUCUUAAUUCUAAUUCUGGGCUUUUUAUUGUGCCACAUAAAUAGUGAAAAAGCCCUUUCUAGAUCUGAAAUUACCUUCUUUGAAAUCCAUAAUGGUAGCAUCUGCAAAGGAUAAAGCAAUCUAGGAAAUGUGUUCAUCUUUAUGAGACUAAUUCUACCCAUCUAGGACAGGGGAAGGUCAUACCAUCUCUCGAGGUCAUUCUUAACUGCUCUAAUUGUUGGCACAAAAUUAAGUCUCCACAAGUCCUCAACAUUAGGUGACACUCUGAUUCCAAGAUAGACAAAGCCUGAAGUGGCCCAUCUAAAUGGAAAUUUUGUAACUCAACUCGUGCUGCCGUAAUUCCCCAAGGGCACAGCCUCAGAUUUUGUGUAAUUUACUUUGUAGCCAGAUAUUGAACCAAAUGAAUUAAUAACUGACAGAGUGGCCGGGACUGAGACCUUGGGGUUUGAAAGAAAAAGUAAAACGUUAUCAGCAUAUAACGCUAUCUUGUGGGUGGUCUUGCCUUAAGUAACCCUGUGAAUAUCCUCAUUAUUCCUGAUGCGUUCUGCCAGUGGCUCUAAUGUGAGGGCAAAAAGGAGGGGGGAGAGCAGGCAGCCCUGUCUUGUCCCUCCACCGAGUGGGAAGGGGGGGAGAGCGCAUGCCAUUGGUCAAGACACAGGCCUCUGGCGAGUCAUAAAUAAGUUUUAUCCAAUUUAUGAACUCCUCUCCUAAUCCAAACCUGUCCAGGACAUCCCACAAAAAUCACCACUCGACCCUACGGUCCUGGUGCUUUUCCACUUUGAAGUGUGCGAAUGGCACCCAGGACCUCUUCCCUGGUAACCAGUCUAUUCAGAGACUCCUGCUGUUCUUCUGUAAGAGAGGGAAGACUAACCUUUUCUGGGAAGGAUCUUCUUAGCUCAACUGAAGUAUCACAUUUAGUGGAAUAUAACUUGUAGUAGAACUGUUUCAUGAUAUUGUUAAUUUUCUUUGAUUCAUGGACUUUGUCUCCAUUAAUAUCUUUAAGUGAUGAUAUUAAACUAAUGGCAUUUCUUCCUCUUGCCAGGCGAGCAAGAAGGCGGCUAGGUUUAUUACCAUGUUCAUAUAGCCUCUGUCUGGCAAAAAUGAUAGAAACCUCUGCUUUGCUUGUUAAGAGUUGAUUGAGGGCCAAUUUUGCUGCUUCUAAUUUUUGAAGAUUAUGUUUAGAUGGAGAGCUUUUAAACGUGUUCUCUAAAUCCCAGAUCAAAUGUUCUAAUUACAAUUGCUUCCCGAUUGUAUCUCUUUUAUGAGCUGCUGUGUAGGAUGUAAUAGACCCUCUCAUGAAUGCCUUAGCCACUUCCCACAAUACGGAAGGAUUUGUGUCUGGAGUGUCAUUUCCCAUUGCUUCUCCAGAAAAUCCAAAAAUGGGGGGCUACUUAACAGUGAAGAAUUAAGUCUCCAGUGACGUAAGGAGGGAUCGAGAUGGGGGGUGGGGGACAGUUAAAGAUACUGGGUUGUGAUCAGACAAUGUGCAUAUUUCAAUAAAUGCUUUGACUCUGUCUAUAACCUCUCUAGGCACUAGAAAAUAGUCAAUUCUUGAUAGGGAUUGAUGGGGGUGGGAGUAAAAAGUUUAGCCUUUUGCUCUUGGAUUCAUAAUCCUCCAAACGUCAGAGACCCAGAUCUGCACUCAGCUCCUUCAGCCUUGCCAUCUUUUUGAGGUAAAAGCAGGCUUUGGUGGAGAUUAGUUAACACUAGCAUCCUGGACCCAGUUGAAGUCUCCUCCAAAUACUGUGAAGUGGAUUAGAUAUGAGGAUGUCAUUGUGAGUAGAACCUAGAAAAGAAAGAGGGCUUGAACGUGUUAGGGCUGUAAAGAGAACCAUUCCCCAGAAUUCAUUCCCCGUAAAGAAAACCUGAAAUAAAAACAAAUCGACCUUCGUUAUCCUUAAUGACCUUAUUCAAAGUAUAGGGCAAUUUCUUGUGAAUAAGAAGCUGGAUAUACAGCUUCUGUCCCUCAUGUGUCAGCUGUCGUCUCUCCCUCAGCACAGCUGUUUAUCCCCGGGGUUGUGUAGCUUGAUGAGGACGGGCCUGUGGCGGUCACUGUGGGCCGGUCCAAGCCCUCUGUGCGCCCGGUCGAUUUUAAUUAUGCCCUGUUUAGUGUCCAAGUUCAAUAUUAGUGUUCAGCGUUCAAAGAGGUUAACAGGUUUCUCACCUUCAGCUCCCUCCUUUAAGCCAAAAACCCCGAUGUUGUCCUGUCUCAUUCUAUAUUUCAUGUCAUCUGCUUUCUCAGCGAGUGUUUGCAGCUUCGCCUCAACUUCCCAAAGCUUGUUUUCAGCAUCAGUUAGCAGGUCCACCAGUGUAGACACUCGGCUCUUAGCUUCAUCCAGCCUUUUACUGUUGCCUUCCACUCGGGUUGUCAUUACUUCCAGUGCGUUCGUGAAUUUGGCCAGAUUCUCCUCUAUAAUUUUGCCGACGCUCUCAGUGACUUCCCAAAUUAGCUGUGAGGAGUAGCCACCCUCACCUGAGUCGCCAUCUUGCACCUCGCCUUCCUGUUUACUUCUUGGAUUUCUUUGAGAUUUACUUGUUUUUCUGGACGGAACCGAGCCACUUUCUUUGCCCGACAUCGUUAGGAAGCAUAAAAAGGUCAAAAAUGAAUAAAAAUAACAGUCUGUGGUUGGUUAAAAUGUAAAUUAAGGUUAAUGGGAGUGGGAGCUCAGUGCCAGUCCGACCUCUCAGCCCAGUUACGUCAUAGCAACCCGGUGGAUAUAUUUUUAUGUAUCUAUGUGUAUAAAUAUUUGUGUGUCUGUGUGUUUAUAUUUGUGUAUUUGUUUGUAUAGUUUUAUGCAUUUGUGUGUGUAUUUUUGUGUGUAUGCAUUCAGGUGAGGGAAAUCCUGAUGGCUCUGGGGUUGCUGGACUGUGCUAAAACAAGGACGUCGCACCUGUCGGGGGGUCAGAGGAAGAGACUGGCCAUUGCUCUGGAGUUGGUCAAUAACCCACCUGUCAUGUUCUUUGAUGAGCCCACCAGGUGAGCAACACAGUCCUAUAUGAGACUUGGGCUCUCAUUUAUAAAUGUGACUUAGCGCCAGACAGUGAGGUAUGCUUCUCCCUACAAAGUUUGUGAUCCAUGAAGACAUUGGGGCCUGUGACCAAAUGGUUGCAUUUUGCGACUAAAAUCUGAAACAGUGCGAGUACAUUUUUCAUCCACUCACGCAUGCGCGACCAGUAAAUUUGCCAAAUGUUUUUGUAGCGAUUUGAAUUUAUAACAAAUGUCUUAAGAUUAAUAAUUGAUAAUAAUCUAAAUUCAUCACAUUUAUGCACUCAUUGAAAGGGGCACCACCCACCUUUAAUGGCGGGAAAAGUUAAGAAAAACAAAAGUUUUAAUUGAGAAAUUAAACAUCAGGUCAAUCUUAAAUUAAUCAAUCUCAUAUCUUAAGCCGACAUUCUCAUUUCAGGGACUCCACUUCUGGAAGAACACCAACAGACAAGAACUUAGAAAAAUAAUGAUCUGUUUAUUACAGGAUAAAUGAUGGUACAACAUACAUGCAAUAAAUGAUGAUAAGAUAAUGAGGACAAAUAAUAAUAGGUGAAUAAAUAAAAGAUUCUGAGUCAGACUAGGAGCACUAAAGUUAAUGAUAGUGAGUGAAUAUGCUCUAACAUAUUAACCUACACUAACUUUGGUGUCAAGCUAAAUUUGGAUGUGGAUUUGGAUGAAUCUAGGAUUACUAGAAUUAGUGAAUAUCUGAGUCAUGACCACAGAUGAGAGAUGAGACCACAUCAGCCCUCUUUGGAGCUCUGGAGGUUUGCAUACUUAAGUGAGACUGGUCCUUGGAGAAGAUGGAGCAGGUUCCGAAGGUCCAGGGCUACCGGCGUUUCGAGAGGUUCAGCUCAGAAGACGACAAAGUCAGCUGAAAGAUGGGCCAGGAGUCACAGCACUCGGGCCCGAAGCAAAAACCAGGGCCUUAUGGGUCCUUUGGAUGCUCCCUUGGUCUCACUCAAAACUCUGGCACAGAGGAUGACUUUGGGCCUGCUGUGUGGCGUUCAGAGGUGGCUUUGCAAUCACGCCGAUAACUCAAAAAAGGGGCUCGAUUUAAAAAAUAACUUUGCCAAAUUGAAGAAAAAUUAAUUAAAGGCUUAAUCUUGAAUUGCUAUGAGCACAAAGAGUUGAAGUUUCAAAACUUGAGCUAAGGUGAACUUGAGCUUGAACUUGAACUCGUUGCUGUUUGAAGCUGUCCUGCUUCUAAAAAUAGAACAGGGGGGUUCAGUCAGUCAGCUAGCAGCAUGGAGGAGAACUCGGCGUCUGUGGUUAGCGGAGGGACAAAGAUGACCAAACCACCGUGAAACAUGGGGCCGAAAGUAAAGAACUUAUCGGCGGAGGAUGGAGAGGAAAUCAAGGCGUCACUUGAGUUCCUAUCAGCAGAGGUUGCUCAAAUUAAAGAGCAACAACUAACUAUUAUGAACCUGGUGAAGGAGGUGACACGGCUUAAAGAGCAGAACAUGGAGAAGGACCGGAGAAUCAACCAGCUGGAGAGUAGAGUCUCAGAUCUGGAACAAUACACCAGGGUGAACACAAUCAUUGUCACUGGAGUCCACAUCAAACCCAGGACGUACUCUAGAGCGGUGGCGGCGGCGGCCGUGAACGGGGAAGAGAUGAGCGAACUCGACGCUAACUCUGUGGAGCAACAAGUGGCGACGUUCCUACAUGAUAAAGGGAUCGAGCUAGACUGCAAUGACAUUGAGGCCUGUCACACUCUUUCAUGGAGGAACGACAAAGAUAAAACAACCGCGGUGAUCAUGAGAUUCUACAAUCGGAAACGAAAAGCUGCACUGAUGAAGCAGGGAAAAAACUGAAGGGCACGGAUGUAUAUCUCGACGAACACCUUACUAAACGCACCGCUGAAAUCGCCAAGAGAGCACGCUUCAUGAGGAAGGAGAAAAAGAUCCAGUCUAUGUGGACCACAAACUGCAAAGUGUUCAUCAAACUCAAUGGAGCACCGGAGGAGGCCAAAGUGGUGUUCAUAAAAAGUAUCGAGGAACUUGACAAAUACACAUGAGCGACUGGUCGCAGGAUUCUGGACUGUAAGGUAACCUGCAAUGUAACAACAUAACAUUCUAACAUGACACACAUCGAAAUAGCCCAUACAGCUACCACAGAAGACACCACACGGUGAACACAAAUGUCUAUGGACUAUGAGAUGGAACUCAAAACAUGUGAAUACACUGAACAUAAGAUAUUGGACAUAGAAAAUGAUAUAGACCCGGACAAUUAUUUUUUUUCCAACAUCAACAAUAAUUGCCGCUAUUAUACAGAAGAACAGUUCAACCGAACCAUUAAGGUGGAGGGAAAAUUGUCAAUAAUUCACCUCAAUAGCAGGAGUAUGUAUGCAAACUUUAACAACAUCAAGGCAUACUUAUGCAGGUUUAAACAGUCUUUUAACAUAAUUGCGAUUUCGGAAACUUGGAUCAAUGAGAUUAAUGGAGCAGAUUUUGAACUACCUGGAUAUGAAUUUAAUUAUAAAAGUAGGAACGAUAAGGGUGGAGGAGGAGUGGCUUUAUACGUAGAUGUAAACCUGAACUACAAGAUUGUAGAUAGGAUGACAACUGUGGUUGACAAUUUAGUUGAAUGUCUAACAGUGGAAAUCACUAUGGAAAAUAGCAAGAAUAUCUUAUUUAGUUGUGUAUAUAGAGCACCAGAUACCAGUAUAGAAUGUUUUAAGGAUUGGUUUGAAGAGAUGUACACAUUAAAUAACUAAAAGGUACUUUUUAUAUGUGGCGACACUAACAUCAAUCUUUUGAAAUCAAACAAUCAUAGAAUGACCGAGGAAUUCAUAAAUACAAUGUACAGUAUGAGUUUGCACCCUGUCAUCACCAGACCAAGCAGAAUUACAACAUAUAGUGCUACAUUAAUAGAUAAUAUAUUCACAAAUGACAUAGACAAUAGGACGGUGAGCGGACUACUAAUUAAUGACAUUACAGACCAUCUGCCUGUUUUUACUGUCUACGAUUGUAAUUAUAAGAGAAAUUUGCCAGACUGCAAACCUAAAUACAGAAGAGUAAGAACAGAGGAUACUAUUAAUGCACUAAAGGAGGAUCUACUAACACAGGACUGGGAGACUGUAUAUGCAGAAAAUGAUAUUGAUUGUGCAUAUAAUGAAUUCCUUUGUAUUUUUAAAAGAUUCUUUGACAAGAAUUGUCCACUGAAAGAAAUUACGAGGAAAUAUAAAAAAACAGAACAGCCAUGGAUCACUAAAGGACUUCAAAAUGCAUGUAAGAAGAAAAGUACUCUGUAUAGAGAGUUCAUCAAGCAAAGAACCAAAGAAGCAGAAAAUAAAUAUAAAAGAUAUAAAAACAAGUUAAAAAUUAUAAUAAGGAGAUGUAAGAAGGAUUAUUAUAAUAAAUUUCUAGCAAAUAAAGACAAUAAUAAAGGAAUUUGGAAUGUACUAAACCGUGUUAUUAGAAAUGACUCUGGACACAUAAAUUACCCACAAUAUUUUAUUGAUAAAGGUACAGAUAAUUAUAAUAUGGAUGAGGUUGUUAAUAGCCUUAACAGUUUCUUUGUAAAUGUGGGACCUAACCUGGCUGAAAAUAUUCCUGAUCCUGGGACAACUGAGGAAUGUAGUGAUACACUUAUUGAAAGGAACUCCUGUUCAAUGUUUCUUACAGCAGUGGAGGAGAGUGAAGUCAUUGAAAUAGUUGAAAAAUGUACCAAUAAAAUGUCCACUGACUGUGAUGACAUUGACAUGAAAUUAAUCAAAGAAGUAGUUGGAGGAAUUUCUAAACCACUCACUUAUAUCUGUAACUUAUCAUUCCAAACCGGUACAGUCCCAAAGAAUAUGAAAAUAGCUAAGGUCAUACCACUAUUUAAAUCGGGUGACAAACACAAUUUCACAAAUUACAGACCUGUCUCUCUGUUACCUCAAUUCUCAAAAAUUCUAGAAAAACUAUCUAAUGACAGACUAGACAAAUUCAUUGAAAAACACAUCUUAUUAAGUGAUAGCCAAUAUGGAUUUAGAAGUAACCGAUCAACAGCAAUGGCUCUAAUGGAAUCAGUAGAGGAAAUCACCAACUCUAUUGAUGAGCGUAAGUUUGUAGCCGGAAUAUCUAUUAACCUUAGGAAGACAUUUGAUACCAUCAAUCACAAGAUAUUAAUAGAAAAAUUGGAAUGGUAUGGUAUUAGAGGAAUAGUCUUAAAAUGGGUGAGUAGCUACUUGAGUGACAGAAAGCAAUUCGUGAGGUUGGGUGAAUCAAUAUCAUCAUGUUUGACAAUUGCUUGUGGAGUCCCCCAGGGUUCAGUAUUGGGACCGAAAUUAUUUAUCCUUUAUAUAAAUGACAUGUGUAAUAUAUCUAAAGUACUAAAAAUGGUAGUCUUUGCUGAUGAUACAAAUAUUUUCUGUUCUGGAAGCAAUUUGCAGGAAUUAUUGAACAUUGUUUCUUCUGAGUUGUGCAAGCUAGAGAGGUGGUUCGACAGAAAUAAACUUUCAUCAAACUUGUCUAAAACAAAAUUUAUGAUAUUUAGUAAUAAUAAAAUAGAUAAUCAAGUAAAUAUAUAUAGAGGGUAUUGCUAUUGAAAGAGUAUUCGAGAAUAAAUUUCUAGGGGUGAUAAUUGAUGAUAAAAUUAAUUGGAAAUCUCAUAUAAAAUAUAUACGAACAAAACCAUCGAGAAGCAUUUCAGUUCUGAGCAAAGCAAAGCACAUUCUGGAUUCCAACUCACUCUGCAUGCUGUACUGUUCCCUUGUUUUACCUUAUUUAAAUUACUGUUGUGAGGUUUGGGGCAAUACCUAUAAAUCUUCACUCCAUGGAUUAACUAUACUUAAAAAAAAGAGCUAUACGAAUUAUACAUAAGGCUGCAUAUCGAGACCACACCAACACACUAUUCAUUAAGUCAAACCUGUUAAAAUUUAUGGAUAUUAUCGAAUACAAAACCGCCCUGAUAAUGUACAAAGCUAGGUACAAUCAUCUCCCUGGGAAUAUCCAGAAAAUGUUGACAGAGAGGGUGGGUACAACCUUAGGGGGAAGUUAAAUUUGAAAACUCUGUGUGCCCGAACAACAUUGAAAUCAUUCUGUAUCUCGAUAUGUGGAGUUAAACUUUGGAACAGUAUAGAUGUAGAGACAAAGCAAUGUUCAAACAUACACAAGUUCAAAAAAAGGUAUAAAAAAUGUAUUAUAAUGAAGUAUAAGGAGGAAGAAUUACAAGAACGAUGAUGUGUUCAAUGACUGUACUGUAUAGACAUCUAUGCAUGUAUGUAUGCAUGUAUGUAUGUAUGUAUGUAUGUAAGUAGGUAUGUAUGUAUGUAAGUAUGUACGUAUGUACGUAUAUGUAAUUUAUUAUUGAGAUCACCAAUUUAGUGUACAACCAAGUAAUCCUUGAUACAUAAGUGGUAAAUUAAUUAGUUAAAGUAUACUUAUAGGUAUACAGUAAGACAGUUUGUAAAGCGUUGACGCUGUGUAGUUGACAAAGGGGUAGGAUCACAUCAGUCUUGACUUCACCCUACUCCUUUUGAACAUGACCAUGAGGCCGAUUAUUGCCUGUUAGGCUUGUCUUUGAUUUUAUGUUUUUUUUUAUUUAUUAUUACUACUACUAUUUUCUUCUCAUAAAGCCUUGUUUUUUGUUUUGUUUUUUACUUCAUUAUUUUUAUCAUGUUCAAAUAAAGAAAUAAAGAAUAAAGAAAAAAAGAGCUAUGAUGAAUGAACACGUGGCGUAAAACUAAGUCUAGAAGUCUAAGAAAAAGUCAGACUAAGUAGUAAGAGAUAAGAGAAAACAAGCAGAAACAAAGAGGAACACAGAAGAGUAGAAGAGCUGAAGAAUGUGAGGAAGAGCAAGAGAGUGAGCACCCCCAACUUUACUGGUUUUAUCCCCUUCACACUGGGAGUGUCUCUGGGGUGUGUGUGUGAGGAGAGAGAGGAGGGGUCGUGGUCUUCAAGAUCCCUUAUGACUCGAUCUAACUUUUACUUCUGGCUGAGAAAAGAGUCAGAUCUGAUACUUACUCACUAUGAUUAAUAUCAUUGAAUGCUUGGUUUCAUGAUAAAUGAUUUGAUACUAAACACAUAUGAAGAAAUGUAGAAUCACAUCAAACAUUCUCAUUAUGUUUUAAGUAUCACACUGAACGUGCUAAAUUACUCUGGUAUGAAACAGACAGUAACACAUAGAAUAUAUAAACAACAAAAGAGUAAACACAUGUAGGUAAACUUCAUCAUGAUUAAUAAUGGAUUCAAAAUACUCACAUUCAGAUUACUGAGUGACAUUAUAACCACCUUGUGGUUAAAAAUACUAAAUAAACGUGAGCAGGGUUUUAUGACUGAGGUCUGGAGGUCAGUGUCCUGCUCCUCAGACUCCUCACACAUAUAAAGAUGGUAAAUCUUAAUUGGAAAACCUGGGUUGAGGCAUUUGGGUAAACCUUCGGUCGGGUCAGUUAGGUAACCUGAAAGUGCAAAGAAGUCUGGAUCAUGUUGUUCUUGUUUUUUUAAAUGUUCAUGUGGCAUUUUUCUGACGCUACAGGAAACAUAAUGAGGAAAAAUAAGUCAGAAAUUUCAUUUCUGAUUAUUUCUGUAUUCAAAUCGCGGUGAAUCUCUGGCAGACCCAAACGGCAGGUUCAGAAACAGUGAGAUUUCCUACAUAGCAAAUCCAAGCUCCGCCCCAUAGCCCCGCUAUGCAGGCUAGACUCCGAGAAAUAGAGUGGGGAUUACGCAGAACAAGCGUGUGCAGCAGCGGAUUGCGAUGCUCAUAAGAAAGCCAAUUAUGAAAUAAGCUUUCAUCAUGUCCCUAAAGACACUAGUGCCCGAGAGCUGAAUAAUUCCUGUGUUACCUGUGUGAAGAGGAGUGUGCAGAGCAGUGCUGUCUCAGGCCGUCUCCGCCCACGACUCUGAGGCAAAUUGCUGAUUAGCUACUGGAGCUCUGCAGAGGAAGUCCUUGAAAAUGACACAGGUAACAUGAUUUGGCCAUAGACUGUAGAAAGAAUGGACAGAGUCUGCCUCCUCGCUGGGUGAAGCCACUCCGAGAACAGCACCCUCUGUUGGCGGGCUGCAGUAUAGGUCAUAAAUCCCGCCUCCGCCAGCAAAGCUUAUAGAGCUGUGGACAAACUUUAGAAAUGUAUUACACAGAACAUAAAUUUUUCUCCCCCCUGCUUGUGAUGUUGACAUGUAGUUAUUGUAAGACUGGUUUGUGCUCAAGUCCUCUUUUUUUCUGUGAAGCUCCGUUUUUAAAAGUUAUUAGGGGGUUCAUGUUUUCAAUGAUUGACACCUGAUACAGCCUAUGGGCGUUCAGGGUUUGAGUGGCUCUCCCGGAGGAUAUGCUGUUUGAGCCGAGCAUCAUCACAGCGACUCUCGGCGACUGCGCACCCAAAUGCGUGCAUCGCUACUGCGCAGCGCUGGUUUCAGGAAAUGAAGAAAAAUCUCGGAAAUACUGAGAGCUAUUUGGCUUAACAUCCGUAUACAGGCGGUAGGCGGAACCAGGUUGUCCAUAGUAUAUACAGUCUAUGGGUAUAAAUAUAUGCAACUUGAUGUGAUUGUUUUUAUUCGUGUAAAACAGUGGCGAUUGCUCUAAGACUGCAAGGGAAGCUCUGCUUCCCUUAAAAUGUCACCCCCCAAAAAAAAGAAAAAGUGGUGAAAUACGUACGGCUGUGUGUACAUUUCAUUAACUAAAUACGCACUAGAAAGCCUUCAUCUUUUGUUCAGACACUGUGAUAAGAAGCUGAUAAUUAUAGGUAACCGGCAUAACUUCGUUCUAAUUCAUCCUCGCAGCGCCUCAGCGCUUUAAACAGCCGGAAGCUGGGCUUCUGCUGACUUCAAUGUGGAAGCUAAAAGUGGGUUGUUCCAGCAGCGAAACUAGACGCUCAUUGGAUAAAUGCUGGGCUUUGUCCCACCCAAUGGAAGCUAAGCUUCACUGGAGUUCUAUGGCGAGAGGGCGGUCCCGACUUUCUCCCGGACUGCAAGCUUCUGCAUCCAUGAUUGGAUGAGCUGUCUGAGGCGAAAUCCUUUUUUGAUUGACAGCUAAACAAGCGAAUCAGCGAUCUUGAAGAAUAAAACAUCUACCAGAGCAUUUUCCAAGUCAUUCAUUCCGUUGUUCUUAACUGCUCCGGAGACUUUACCGAUCCUCAGCGACUUCUGUCUUUAUUAAAAACGACUGCCGUUGUGUUUGGCGACUCUGUUCUGUUACAUACUAAUAAACAAAUACAAUUAUGAUGUAGGCCAGAAAAAUGAGCUUCCCCUCAUUGAAAGACCAGCAGCCGCCACUGGUGUAAAAGGAGGUUUGUCUUACCAGUGGGUACAACCUUACACACACCAAAUCCCUCUGUGCUUAUAUGCGCUUACAGCGACAUUUGUUGAGGGGCCACCUUCUGUCGCCAUUGUGUGGUGUUCCUUUCUUGAGUCAUCUCUUCGACUAGCUCACCAAAUUUGCAAUACGCCUUGCUGGUGGCGGAUUUAAAGAUGAGGAGAAGAGCUGAUGUGAACAGAACUUGGCUGUGUUAAACCCACUCCACGCCUUAUCCCCUCCCUCUUUCCUACUUACGCUGCUGGGAGGAGCUAAGUUAGGGAGGGGGGAUACUUACGCCGGGCUGCGCUGCUCACCAAAAUACCAAAGUGUGCUUGGGCAGGCCUAAUCGGUGCAGCGGACCUGACUUAGGCUGUGCCUACGCCACACUGCAGGCGAGUCAAAAGCCCAAAAUAUGCGCAGAGGUGAACAAAUUCUGACCCAUGGGUACGGACAGGUUAGAGGGAGGGGCAUCUGGAUACUCAGAUGAGAGGGUGAACUGAAGUUAAAGGUUAUUAUUCAAUCUUGUGUUUUUUCUUAACUUUACUUUUUUAAGAUUAUUUUUUCUAAUGUAAAUUUUUUAAUGUCAUGUUUUAAAUGCCAUUUUAAGAAUCAUAUCUGGAGAGGGUGUGUGGUCUUUAUAAACAGAAAAAGCUGAUGAUACUGAUAAUAAUGGGUCCACUCCACCUUUCUGCGUUGGUGCAUCUGCAAAUACUGCACCAACAAACAGCCUCUGAUGUCAAAAUGCUGAUAAAUCUUUCAGAGGAGUGUUUGAGUCUGUCUCUAAAUAAGCUACAGUAAAUUACAUGGCGGGGAACUGUAACCUCGCUUGUGAGCUGGUUCUUUGUGCAAAGCACCAGAAGAGGGAGACAGAGUCCAAACAUCACACUUAACACCUGAGAGCAGCUGUUUUAAUCUGUGUGUGUGUGUGUGUGUGUGUGUGUGUGUGUGUGUGUGUGUGUGUGUGUGUGUGUGUGUGUUAGUGGUCUGGACAGCUCGUCUUGUUUCCAGGUGGUCUCUCUGCUGAAGGCUCUGGCUCAGGGAGGACGAACCGUCAUCUGUACCAUCCAUCAACCCAGCGCCAAACUGUUUGAGCUCUUCGAUAAGGUGACCAUCAACCCUGAUGAUUCCUCUUUCAAACAUGGUGGACACCACAGUAGACAUUUUUAACUAUCAAAGAUACAGUCGUGUGUCUCAACUACAGAGUUGUGAAUCUACAAACAUCUGUGUCAAUGACAUGAGUGGGACCAGCUGCAGCAAAUCAAAAUCAAAACCAACUUUCUUACCUGAUGGACCCCAAAUACCUGAUUUCUUUUUGUUGCCAUCAUAAAUGAUUUUGGAUCAAAUGUGUUCACAGAGGUCAGUUUGAGUCCACAGACAGAUGUGAGGUCAGGUUUUCUCAAUGCAGCGUGUUGGUUUUUUUGAAGGCACCAUCAUCAGGACCUGAAACAAUGUCACAGAUCCAUCAUUCCCUGAGCUCUAAACUUAGUCCACAUUAAAAGCUUUGAGCUUUCCUACAGACCAGAGAAACAGAUAUCCUUGAUGACUAACCAGACACUUUCUUUCCUGUAGUCCACCUGCUUAGCUUACCAAACUGUAGCAAAUUCAACAGUCUCCCAACCAAGUCCAACACACCUUUUGUGUGUGUGUGUGUGUGUGUGUGUGUGUGUGUGUGUGUGUGUGUGUGUGUGUGUGUGUGUGUGCGUGUGUGUGUGUGUGUGUGUGUGUGCGUGUGUGUGUGUGUGUGUGUCAGCUCUACGUCCUGAGUCAGGGUCAGUGUAUCUACAGAGGGAAGGUCUCCAGUCUGGUCCCGUACCUGAGAGACCUUGGACUCAACUGCCCCACCUACCACAACCCUGCAGACUUCGGUAAGAAACCCUGACAAUGCUACACACGUCGCACACACUCAUAGGGGCUGAGGGGCUGAUGGGAUAUUGGUCUGAUACACCUGACGGCCUUAAAAACAGAAGAAGGUUUAUCCUGAGGUUUGAGACUUUCUUUAAACCAGUCUCAGACUCCAGACAAUUUCUCUGGGCUGCCAGAUCACCCAGACAGCCUGGAAAUGAAGCGGUUCUCCUGCAGCAGUGAGGGUGAGGACACACUCAAGGGUGUGGUGACCUUGAAGGCCUCAUGGUGGAUCACCACUCUGUCACUGCUCUGUGUUGCUUCAGUUUUACCACCAGCACCUCCUUUGGAAAGUGUUCAAAUGCUGGGCAUCACAUUACAAAGGACGAGGCCCCCCACUGUCACCAGCCAUGAAGCUGUCACCCAGUCACCCAGACAGAUAUCUGAGUGAAGAUCGUACCAGGGCAACUGCGCCUUAACAAAGAUAACUAUCGUAUUGACCAUCACAGUCAUUUAUCUAUUUAGUCCAUUUUAUGUCUUUGCUGAUUUGUGAAGAUUAAGUAAGAGAUUAAGUAACAGACAGUAACUGAGCAGGGGUUAGGACUCGUCAUGGACUCUGUCAGCUGAACUGAGUAUGCUCACUAACAGACGUGCAGAGAGAAACCUGUGAUCACCUGACUCAUACUGGUUUUCUGUAAUCCAGCUGUUGUGUUUAUCUGACAGGACAAGGUUGACUUCCGCUCACAUCACAAAAUUCAUCACAUUAGCUUGAAAAGUAAGACUCAACUGGAAGUAUAUUUGCACACUUAUGUUUUAAUUGUGGAAGGACUGCUCCCUUAAAAACUCAUUGUUGUUGCUGCAGCAGAUAUAAGAGCUGAAAAUCAGUUUUUACAUUCACGAAUGUUCGACAAAUCAUGUGACUGAAAUAGCUGAUUACUAUUAUUCUGGAUCAGAUCUGUGUACAUUCCUGUUACCAUUGAUGUGUUGCAGCCAGAUGAAUCUAGGAGUUGUCUUUAAGUUCAGCCAGAUCUGUCUGCUGAAUCCAGAAGAAAGUACACAGGACUUUUAUUUCUGCAUCGAUCAGCGCGGACUAGAAAGAGACAGACAGGAAGUCAGACACCGAAAUAGUGUCAAAACAUCCGCUUUUAAAAAAAAACACUUUGUUAACACCAGAUCAUAUAUCGCCUAACUACACAGACAAACUGCACAGACAAACCAUCAGAGUAGGUAAAGCCAGGUAUGGAGUCAACAGGUCAAUGGUUUUCAGAGGUUGGGUUCUUUUUUUCAGCUCUGUAACUAUAAAUGUGAUUAACUUCACCUGUUUUAAACUUAGUUAAUGAAGCAAUCAAGGACCAGUGUCAAAGAGUGUUUGUUAAACUGGGUGGUUUUAUGAUGCAGAGGGGGGCUACUUUUUCAAAAGGUCCACAGUGAAAGACAGACAAAAUUCAAGUUUUUUUAUUAACUGAAGUGUUCACCUGCUUGUUGGUGUGUCGGUUAUAAAUUAUACAGCACACAAAGUUUGUGGGCCUUGCCGUAAUCCUUUCUCUAAAGCUGUCAGACUCUGAGAAUCUCAGUCGGAACCUGUCAGGGCCAGAAAGAAGAACUCUACGGGAACACCUUUUUGAUCAGGUAAAGGUGAGCUUGCGUGUGACACGCAUGGUCAUGUGACUGGGGUGUGUAAUGUGUGUGUUCAGUGAUGGAGGUGGCGUCCGGGGAGUACGGGGAUCAGACGAUGCGUCUGGUGAAGGCGGUGCAGGACAGGAAGUGUGUGGUUGAGCAGCAGACGGAGCUGAACGGAGACACAAACCUUCACCCGCUCCUGUGGCAAAGCACUGAGGAGGUAGGAGACAAAUGCACAGGGCAACACCACUCUCCCAUAAAAUGAGAAUUAAGUUAAUGAAAUAAGAAAAGCAAAUGAGUUCAAUUUUCUGAUUCUGUUUCACAGCUUUUAACUCGUUACCUGCUUUUCAGUUAUCCUUUUGCUGCUCAGUCUUUAAAUCAUCUGGACUCGUCACAUUAACUUCAAUUAAUCCUGACAAGAUAAUUUUUUAUCAAGAAAUAAGAUUAAAGUAUAAAGACUUAAGUUUUUAAUUGAAAUCAUGCAUUUAGCAAACAGAGGGAGAAAAAUUUCCCUCUUUAUAUUGGAUCUGUGUAUCAAUCGAUUUUUAUUUAUAUAGCACCAAAUCACAACAGUCAUUACCCCUAGACGCUUUCCAAAAGAGCAAGGCUAGAUCACACUCAUAGUUUAGUAUUGGGACAGGUUUGACCCAUCUCAUCUAAAGGAAAAACUUCCCUUUAACUAGCAGAAACCUUGAUCAGGACCAGACUCAUGCUAGACAGCCACCUGAUGCUGCUGGGUCAGGGAAGGGAGGGAGAUGGAGAGUGAGAAAGAGAGAGAGAGCGAGAUUUUUGAAUCCACUUUAUUUGCCGCUCUUUUGCAAAAAAAGAGGUCAAUUCAAAAUAACAAUCAAUCACACACAAACUCAAAAAAAAAAAAGGAAUAAUAAAUAAAGAAAUAUUCACAUGAGCAUAUCUUUAACUGUAAAGUAUUUCCUGCUACAGAGUACAACACCUGAUUAAAACCCCAAACUGCCUGGAAUGAAUCCAGAUCUCCUCCUGCUUUGUAAAAAUUAAAAUCAAUGAGGAGUCUGGACUUUAUCAUAUUUUUACAUUCAGUGACCGGAUCAACAAUAAAACCAUCCUCCACCUUCCUCCUGCGGCUAAAAUACACUGCCACCUUGGCCUGCCCUAAAACAAAGUUUAAAAGCUGGCACUUGUAUUUGUGUUGGUGUGUGUAUUUAAAACCCAGAAUAAAAACCCGCUUGUUAAAAACCUCUCCACAUCUGGUAAAAACAGUUUGUAAAAACAGAAACAAAGGUAAAAGACGCAGACAUUCAUAAAAACAGUGAAAAAUGGUCUCUUUCUGGGGGCAGUAGGAACAUGUGUCCUCUACUACCAGGUUAAUGUUCGUUAUAAAAGAGUUCACUGCGAUGACCCCAUGGAGGACUCUCCGGUGCACAUCUGCAUGUUUCUUCGAGAGUGGAGGUUUAUAAAAGGCCCUCCACUCAGGUCUGGAAGCAGGAGCCAGGUGCAGAUAGUUCCUCCAUGGAGUGUCAGGUCUUUUAUCUAGUUUUUUCCCAUUAUUGUUUUUACCAUCAUCUUGUACAAGGUUUUUCCUGGUGUGCCUUCCGAAGGGGCGGGGUGGUUAAAAUCCAACAGCAGGCCAGAACAGUCUUUAAAAAUAUGGUGCCAGGAAGAUGGCAGGAAAGAGGUCUUUUUCAGUCACUGUCUGGUUAAAAGGGGAGUUUAAAAGCAGGCGGUCGUGUCCUGUAAGUCUCUGUCUCCAGUGGUUCAAGAGUUUUUGUGUGACCCUCAUCGAUGAAAGUCCCAGCUGGGCAGCGAGUCCAGAUGGGUUGUCCAUCCGGGUCGUCCAUCCGGGUUCCCGUCAGCUCCACCACCUGCCCCAGAGUGAGGACCCCCACCGUCUGCAGACUUUUCUCCAGACUCUGACCUGCCCAGCUGGGAAGGUCUAAGCGGGUCCCCCAUAGGACCGGUUCCUGCAGGAGCCAGUAUGUAGAGUCAACCUGGCCCCUCCUCUCCUUCCUCAGCAGGCCCCAAACCUUAAAACACUUUUAUAAAAGGCAGGCAGAGAAGAUGUGUUCAUGUUCUGUGUGUUCAUUAAAAACAAAUUAAAAUCCUAACCCAGGCUGUUAAAACCCUGCAGAAUGCAGCGGGACAGGGGCCUCCACAGAGUGGCCCCAUCAGCAGCCUCUGGAUAAAUUGGAGCCUGAAGGCUGCGCCCCUGCUGGCCAGGUGGACCAGGCUCUGGCCCCCCUCCUCUUUCGGUAAAAACAGGACACUCUGUGGGACCCAGUGGAGUCUGUCCCAAAUAAAAUCAACUAAAACUGACUGAAUCUUGGAAAGGAGAGAAGCCGGGGGAUCGACACGGGCCAGGGUCAGGGUGGAUAAUGGAUGCCAUCAUCUCCCUCAUUCUGAAGGCCAGAGCCUUGGACAGGAUCUUAUAAUCUGUGCACAGCAGGGUGACUGGCCUCCAGUUUUUCAGCUCCUGCAGGUCUCCCUUCUUAGGCAGCAGGGUGAUGACGGCCCUUCUGCAGCUCAGAGGCGGCCUGCUGGUCUGUCAACUGUCUUUCAAGACCUCUAGCAGGUCUAGUCCUAAAAUGGACCAGAAGAACUUAUAAAAGUCAGCAGGAAGGCUGUCCAUGCCUGGAGCUCUGCCGCUCUGCAGGCUCAUGGUGGCUGCAUGGAUCUCCUGCAGUGUCACCUCUGCUGCCAGUCUGCUGUUGUCAGUCUCGCUGACCUGUGGGGAACCGCUGAGGAAGCUGCCUGGCCCCGUUCCGGUUUAAGGUGCUGAUAUUAAAAUCACACAUCGAUGAAAAAUAAAUCACAAUGAGGAGAGCAGUCAGUGAAAGGUAAAAGCGUCUAAAAUCAUCUUUAUCAUUGAUGAUUUGUGGUUUUACCUUUGGCAAAAUCUUCUUGAGUCUGAAAACCUCCUGCUCUGUUAAAACCUCCUCCCCAUGGCUCUUCCAGGUGAGUGGCCUGGCUGACCUAAUAAAUAAGUGCAGGUCUGGGAAAAAAUCCUCUACAUUAGGCAGCCUAGAGCCCUUAGUCUGCUCCAGCAGCCGCAGCAGCGGUAGAGCUCACAGCUUUGAUAUUGUAACCUUUGUGGCUGGGCAAACGAGAGGGGAGACAGGAGUAAAGGUGUCUUGAAUGACCACUUCUCUCUCUACCACCUUGUCAACCUGUGCCGUACUAUCCAAAAACAUUACAAUAGCUCCAUUUAUUCAGGAGGCAGACUUUGCAGAUUCAAACCCGACCACCUCUCUCACAGCCAGACUGGCUUCAUCCACCGAGCACUGCGCCGCGGUGUGAAGUUUGAUUGCAUGACAGCGAGUCAGCUUUUCAAACUCCGCGGCUGCAGCCUCUGCCAUUGUGCUGAGCAAAGCACGCUGCCCCACAAAUAAAUGUACACACACACUCACACAUGCAACAAAACGCAUGUAAACACCAAAUUAUAUUUAAGCAACUUAUAAACACACUCAGAUGAAAAGAAAAGAGAAAUUCAAUUCACUCAGAGCUCCUCACUCACAUAAGUAAGAGCUGGUUGAAAUCAGCCAGCUGGUCCUAACUAUGAGAGAGAGAGAGAGAGAGAGAGAAUGAAGAUUGUCUGCAGCAACAGUCCAGAGGAACCUGAGAGAAGAAGGAGGUCAGGGUCUGAGGCAGACAAUCAUAGAUGAUGCAGCUGGGUCAGGCAGGUCCACAGCAGCCAACCGUCUGUAGCACCAGUUUAAAGGAACCUAGGAGACUGGGGGCUCAGGGACAUUCAGAGAGAUCUGGUUAGUAGAUCUAAAGGAGUGAGAGGGACAGUGGGGGGGGGGAGCUCAGUGUGCCAGAUAACCCCAGCGGUCUAGCUGGUUCAAAUCAGCCCCAACUAUAAGCUUUAUCAAAGAAGAACGUUUUAAGUCUACUCUUGAAAGUUGAGAGGGUAUCUGCCCCCCAAACUUUAAAUGGUAAAUGAUUCCAGAGGAGAGGUGCCUGGUAGCUGAAAGCUCUACCUCCAAUACUACUUUUACAGACAUUUGGUGUGACAAGCAGACCUGCACACUGUGGGCAUAGCAGUCUAGAUGGAAAGUAAGGUGUCAUAAGCUCUUUAAGAUAUGAUGGAGCCUGGCCAUUAAAGGGAUAUUCCAGCAAAAGUUUAAGCCAUGGUCAAACACACCGUAACAUCAAGUUAGACACCCCUUCGAGAGAUGAAUUUUGCAGACCGCUUGCUUCUCUAGUUAUACCAACUUCAGCAAAGACUGCACAAUAGCAAUACACAGUGGUCUACGUCUCCACGUGCAAACCUCAACCAAAAAGCCACUCUAUAGACACAAAUAAUUCUCAGAACAGCACCUAACUUCAUCAACAGUACAUAUAGGGUCUAAGCCAUAGAACUAGCCAUCAAACUUCUUUUUAGCUUUGCCUAAUUUCUUUAGCAAGGAGACUAAACACAACUCACCUACUCUCUUUGAGCUGCCGCUUGUUUGUGGGGGGAGCCCUAAAGAGUCGAUCAUCGAGUGCAGCAGAGUUACGCAACUCAAGGAAGAACAUUUAUGAUUUUUACUUCAUGGAAAUGCAAUCGGACCAAGACACUAAGGCAGGAGAGCUACUGCGUCCGCUGUGCACGUACAAGAUAAAAAAGAACCGCAAUAUCCCUUUAGGUGCUUUAUAUGUCAUAAGAAGGAUUUUAAACUCAAUUCUAGAUUUAAUAGGGAGCCAAUAAAGUUAGGCUAAGACUGGAGAGAUGUGCUCCCUUCUUCUAAUACUUGAGCUGCGGUGUUUUGGACCAGCUGUAGAGUCCUUAAAGACUUAUUAGAGCAGCCUGAUAAAAGAGAAGUACAGUAAACCAGCCUAGAGGUAACAAAAGCAUGGACUAGUUUUUCUGCAUCGCUCCGAGACAGGAUGUGUCUCAGCUUUAAGAUAUUGCGCAGGUAGAAAAAGGCUCUCCUUAAAAUUUGUUGAAUGUGGGAGCUAAAGGACAAAUCCUGAUCAAAUAAAACUACCGGAUUCCUUACAGUGGGACUGUAUAACAGACUAAUGCCAUCUAACAUGGCUAUAUUAGAAAAAUGCUGCUCUACAGUGUUUAGGACCGAGAACAAAAACUUCAGUUUUGUCCUACUUGAGCAUCAGAAAGUUAUUUGUUAUCCACGAUUUUAUAUCUUUGAGGCAAGCCCUCACAUAUAGGUAUAUCUGAGUGUCGUCUGCACAAAAGUGAAAAUUUACAGUGUUUCCUCAUACUUCUACCCAGAGGAAGCAUGUACAAAGUGAAAAGAAUCAGUCCAUGCACUGAGCCUUGAUUGCUUCUGUAUGUGUGUGUGUGUGUGUGUGUGUGUGUGUGUGUGUGUGUGUGUGUGUGCUUGUGUGUGCUUGUGUGUGUGUGUCUCAGGAGAGCUCCUCUUCAUCCUCUGAAGGUUGUCACAGUUUCUCAGCAAGCUGUAUGACUCAGUUCUUCAUCCUGUUCAGGAGGACCUUUCUCAGCAUCCUCAGAGACUCAGUGAGAAACACACACAAGCACAAAGACCUGUACACACACACAUACACACACAGGGUAACAGCUCUGUACUGUAAUUGGUUGAGCAGGUGCUGACUCAUCUUAGGAUCUCGUCCCACAUUGGGAUCGGCAUUCUGAUUGGUUUGCUGUACCUCGGCAUCGGGAACGAGGCGAAGAAGGUCCUCAGCAACUCAGGAUUCCUCUUCUUCUCCAUGCUGUUCCUCAUGUUCGCUGCGCUCAUGCCCACUGUGCUCACCUGUGAGACACACACACACACACACACACACACACACACACACACACACACACACACACACACACACACACACACACACACUUUUUCAUUUAUUUUCAUUUCUUACCUCUUCUGCCCCCGCAUCUGCAUCCUGACGCAGUAUUUCCUUGACUUGAAAAACUUUAAAAAUAACUGAACUCAGAUCAGUUUUUUAAAAAAAACUUUGGCUUUAAGAUCCUGGAGUCUUUCUGAGCUGAUAUGAGCUAACAGAUCUGUGCUUGUGUUUGUGCUGCAGUUCCCCUGGAGAUGGGAGUUUUUCUGAGGGAACAUUUGAACUACUGGUACAGUCUGAAGGCUUAUUACCUGGCCAAAACCAUGGCUGACGUCCCCUUCCAGGUAAAUCUACCAAACUUCCUAAAUCCUGCAGCACCCACGGUACAAGGGUGAUUGUUUUUGUAUCACAUUUGUUUCGAAAUUCUUACCUGGCUUAAAGGUGGGGUAGGCAGGAUCUGAGGAAGUGCCAGUUUUUGGGAGAAAUCUUGAAUGUAAACACUACCCCUCCCAACCAGUUUUUCCUUCAGUUCGGUUUGAUAUAAGAUGUAUGAUCUGCUUGUCUCUGAUAUUGCUCCUGGUAUAGAGAGUUAAUGACUGUUGUCCAGGGGUUCCGGCUAAUCAAAAUCAAGAUAUUAACAGUGCUGGGUAAUAACAUAUUUCUAAAGAUGAUCAGUUUGCUGCCACGACUUAUCAGAAACUUGAUUUACUGGUUUAAAGUAAAGGUGUUCCUGCUGCACAUACCUGAAGGCACACUUGUCCCCUCUGUCCUCACAGGUGGUUUUCCCCUUGGUGUACUGCUGUAUUGUGUAUUGGAUGACCGCUCAGCCUCCAGAUGCCGGACGGUUCUUCCUCUUUCUGUCUUUGGGGAUUCUGACCUCUCUAGUGGCUCAGAGUCUGGGUCUGCUGAUUGGGGCGGCAUCCACUUCAUUGCAGGUGAACCCUUAUUUCACUGUAGAGCUCACAGACGGAUGUGUUCACCUGCUGACAGCACUAAGGUAUGUCUGUGGUGUUGUGUCCUGCAGGUGGCGACGUUUGUAGGUCCGGUCACGGCGAUCCCGGUGCUGCUGUUCUCAGGGUUCUUUGUCAGUUUUGACACCAUCCCCUGGUACCUGCAGUGGAUGUCCUACAUCUCCUACGUCAGGUGGGGGCGUUAUUCUCUCAUUAAAGGAGUCUGUGAAACAUUUACAAUCAACAAAAGACACGUUUCAAGUAGGAGACAAUUUUAACCGGACUAAAACAGUCUUUUUACACCUCCUGUUCCACGUUUCAGGUACGGGUUUGAGGGUGUCAUCUUGUCCAUCUAUGGUCUGGACCGGGAAGACCUGCACUGUGAUGAAAAUGACACCUGUCACUUUCAGAAGUCUGAGGCCAUUCUGAAGGAACUGGACAUGCUGGAUGCCAAACUCUACCUGGACUUCAUCAUCCUUGGCAUCUUUUUCUUCUCUUUGAGGCUCAUUGCUUACUUUGUGCUCCGCUACAAGAUCAGUGCUGAGAGGUAG